AUGGUGGGAAUUUCUGCCUCUUUUCAGUGUAAGUGGCCUCUCUCAUGCUGUACACUGUUUGGGGCAAUUACGCAUCUGCUUGGUGUAGAAAGGCAGUUAAAUAGCGACUGAAGCGCUGCAGGAUUCAUGAUUUGUGCUUUGUUUAAUACAUUUUAAUGUAAAGUGAGCAGGAGAUUUUGGCUUCACAGCGACAGAUGUGGGGACAUCUGAAUUAAAAGACCCCGUGCGCCCAUGCGAUCGUAUCAUUUUAUUGAUUACUGAUUGAUUGUUUGUUUUGUUUUUAUUAUGAUCACGAUUGCAACUCUGUUCCUUGAGCGAACGGUGUGUUUUAGCUGUGCGUAAUUGUGGACUAAUUGUCGAGGUAACAUUUUAUUGAAAUUGGAGACAGGCUGAGUUGUUAAAGUAAUUUGCUGUAGCACAUUAUUCCUGCAGUUAAAGAUCAGCUGCAAAUCCAAAUGACUCCAAAAGUAGAAUUUGAACAGUCUCGCAAAAACUGUAAGGAACUGAUUGAGUUAAGGUUUAAAUCCCGCUUCGGUUUGUUAAAUCAGGACACCAAGUUGCAGCUGUUUCCGAUUCCAUAAAGGCAAAGCAUGAGCUGCAGAGACCCUGCACGGAGAAGGGUUCUCGGGCAACGAGCCACUGAAGUUUUACGGCUCCGUUUGGAAGUGUCACAAUCAUCAUAAUCAUCUGAUAAUCCCUGAAAUUAAUGGUCACCUGCUCUAUUAUCAUGAGCCAGGUUUGUGUCGUUGCUCCUCAGUGCGGUGUGGACGAUUAUGUGCCACUGAGGGGUUGAGAGCAUGCAGAGAUCAUAAACAAAGAGGGAAAUAGCACCGAUGAUAAAAAAAAGGGGUUCUCCUCAUAUUUCUUUACGGUACAGAUCAUUUCUUCUAAAUAAUUAUGGUGCAAAUAUUGUGCCUGUUGAUGUUCGCCACUUUGCAUGACAGCUUUCCGAAUGUAUAGAGGCUUUGCUGUCCCUCUGCCUGUCUCUCCCUUUUUUUGUAUUUGAGAGUUUGCAUUUGAAAACAUCCUCCGGAGCUCAGUCACAACUGUCAAACGCAUCUCCUCAAACCCAUGUGAAGUUUCCAUCUCCACCCGCUGCGACUUUGUCACCCUCACAUUACCGAGAAUAGAAAAAAACUUAAUCUUCUUUUUUAAAAGGGGUGGUGUGAGGUUAAAAUUAAAGGGUUGGCGCUAUAUUUUGUACCCGUGGGAGUGUUUUACCCCGACCAAGAGCAGAGCAGACAGACAUGCGGGUUAAGGAGCAGGGAGGGAGGCUGCUGGGGCACAACCUGCUGUCCAUGCCUCGCUGUUUCUCACGGCUCGGAUUAUGGAGGGAGAAAAAUAUCUACAGGAGACCUGCAGGGCUUUUGGGCAUUUUUUACGCAUGCCGAAUGAUCCCAUGAAAUGCUUUGAAGGCAUCCAGGAGAGUAAGUGUUAACUCCUUUUGGAAUAAGGGAAAUGUUUAUGGGCAUUUUGCAUUGACUGAGUUGACACUGAAAAGGAAAAAACUGAGAAGAGGGGUUUAAAAUCUGGAAAAUGUUGGGGUUCUUUUGGCCCAAAACACAUGUGGUGGCGAUUUUGCUGAUGAAAUUGAGGCCGAAUUUUACAUUUAAUUGUAUUUAUAUAUUUUUUAUCAUAAGGCAGUUCUGGUUAUUAUGUACCCCAGUAAUCUUUCUGUUGUGAUUGGUCGGCCUGGCUGUCAUUUAUUUUGUCAUGUGUAGUUUAUUUUCCCAUUGCUGGACCACUAGGACUUCCAUUAAAGUGGUGACUUGAAUGAAAAGACCAUUACCUGGAGUGUGUGUGUUUACAGAGAUAAAGCAGAGAGAGAGAGAGAGAGAGAGAGAGAGAGAGAGAGAGAGAGAGAGAGAGUAGUAAAUGAAAGGUAAACAAAGCUGGUGAUGGGGAGAGUAAAUGAUAAGUGCUGUUUGCAGGUUAUCACUGUUUGUGUGUGCAUGUGGUCAUCUGUGCACGCUCUAUACACAGAAUUGUAUGAGCGUUAGCCGCUAACUCUCUGCGGUCCAGGCGCUGCAGCAUCAACUAGCACUUCCAGGGGCCAUCUGCCCAGCCACCAGCCUGCCUCACACCUGUUCUAACCCCCCCACCCCCACCCCAGCUCCCGGGCUAUAGGGUCAAAUGCAUCAGACCGCUGCUCACAGACACGGAAGUGGCUUUGCAAAGAUGAUGGCAACCGUUUUAUUCACACACACACACACACACACACACACACACACACACACACACACACACACACACACACACACAAACAAACAGGUGCUGAAACACACAAACACUGAUAUAGCUGUAGUUGUUUGGCAAGUUGGAAAAGGAACUCUCUGAAAAAUAGAGUGUGUCAUCGUCUGCAUAGUGACACAAUGUGGCAUGCAGAUGACACACACACACACACACGCACACACACACACACACUUUAACUGAUUAUUUUCCUUUUUUUCUGUGGCCCAGUGCUUUUUGAUGCUCUCCACAGACAAUAGCUUUCUAGUGGUUUAUAUUGCAUCCAAAUACAGCUUUUAGAUCAUAGCCUCAAACAAUGAAUUACUAUUAUUUCAGAGGGGGAAAGCUCACGAAUAUAUCUCCCUCUAGUAACAUUUAGGCUUUAGCGCUGUGAUGUAAUUACAAAGCACUUCUUUUAAGUAUGACACACAGACGUUUGGAUGCAGUCCAGGUUUGCUGCACAGUGGAUAAGGGAUGAUGACUCAACAGAGUUAAUACACUGCCUACAACAUGAAAACCCUGUGUGUGUCUGGAUGAGCUGUGCGGCUCUGCUCUCUUUAAUGGCUUGCAAUGAAAGAACUAUGACAGAAAUGAGGUAAAGGCUUGUAGUUUGAAGAUGCUAAAGUGAAGUUUAUGAACCCCUGAAAAAUCCAUCUCAUGUUUGAGUCCAUUUGUUGUGGUUUGUGGCCAAAUUUUGUAGAUUUUAUUCUAGAUUUUAAAAUUUGUCUUGGAUUUCUUGGCAUAUAAAUGGCUUUCUACCUAUGAGUCUGGUCCUGCUUGAGGUUUCUGCCUGUACAGAAAGAGUUUUAUUUUUAUUGCAGGGGUGAAUCCAAGCUGGGGCUCUGUAUUAUGCAGGGAUGGCAUUAAGUGUGUGUACAUAUAAAUGUGCAAAUAGUUUGUUAGCUUAUCUAAGACAUUUCACACUUAUAGACUGAUGCCUCUACCACACACCUGUCUCAUUAAGUGAGCAGUUUAUUUGUGACAAUUUACAAUACCAACAAAAGAUAAAAUGCAACAAAAUAGUCUGAUAGUUGAUUUUAACACAGGUCCUACCUCUGUUAAGGCAAAUAGCCAAAAAAUAAUUAAGAAUUUUGGGGUGGCACCUGGGCUUACCAGAUUUCAAGGAGGUCUAUGCCACCCACGGCCACAUGUCUGUACACACCCCUGUUUCUUUGCAACUGCUGCCAAAAAUUUGCUACGUUGUGGGUUGAUGUCUCAGAAAAUUAUAGCUAACCUUUGUUCUAUUUGGCAUCGUAAAAAUAUUGAUUCAUUGAUUGAUUUGAAUGUUGGAUGAAUUCAUUUUCUGUCUGGGAUUCUUGUGCAGCUACAUUUUAAGCUGCAACACACUUUGUAAUUCAAGAAAAAGCCAGAAAACCUCUGCUAAACUGAAAUUGCUGUAAGCUGAUCGAAAGUGCUUUAAAAAUCAGAGAUCUUUUAUGAUUUUUAUGUCUCCAAAAAACAGUCAGAGUGUGUGUUAUUUUUUAAGGCACAGGCUGCAUGUAAAGUGGUACAUUCAGGGGCGAAUGUCAGCAGCAGAAUUGGAAACUAAAACCACUGAUCCAUGCACUCCUUCAAGAUGUAUAGAUCUGUUCUGAUUAUUCAGUGCUGUCUCUUACCAAGGCCCAAAGUGAAUUAUAGAUGGGAUCUGAAUGUGUGACACACAUGCGCACACACACACACACACACACACACACACACACACACACACACACACACACACACACACACACACAUAUUUCCUUGUCGAUCGAUAGGCCCAUUGAUGGUUAUCAGCGAGAGGGCAGUUCUCUUCACUGCUUAUUGAAUUUCAUCACCCAUGAAAGAGCAGCUGAGGUAUAAAAGGACUGGCAUGUAUAUGUGUGUGUGUCUGUGUGAGUGGUUCUUGUAUAUGAAGUGUGUGUAUGCUCUUUCUCUCUCUCUCUCUCUCUCUCUCUCUCUCUCCCUCUCUCCCUCUGUUAGAGGUCUUUGUUUUAUUGUAGCUGUGAGCUGGCCUUUACUGGAGCUUAUUUAAUGUCAAAGUCAACAGUGAGCACUACAAACUGAUUUUAUUGGCCCUGUUCGUGUUUUUACUCCAGAUAACAUGAGACUUAUAAGGCUGAGAGAAGAAGAGGCCAACAGGGAAAAGUCUGAGUAUUUAUCAGGUUUCAUGGAGGCGUUUAAAUCUUUGUGGGUUAUUAUACAUUUCAAGCAUUUAGGAAACAGAUCAGAAAUCAUCUGUAUCAUAGAUUAAUACCUGUCUUUGCUGCUGCAGAGCCAAUAACACACAAGCAGCUGUGUUAGCGGCGCCGUUAACGACAGGCAGCUGGAAAAUGUAGUUUUUUUCGGUUGUUUAGAAGGGGAGCUAACUUUAUCUCCAUCACAGUUCAGGGUCACACACCCACAGACACACACAGACACACACAGACACACACACACAUUUUGCUCUCAGUUCUCUCUGUAUGGACUCGGAUUGAGUCGCUAAUUAACUUCACUUUCUCCAACUGUAUCUUACACAAGCAGACUGUCACACAAACACAAACACACACUGACACACACACACGCAGAAUCUCUCUCUUAGGCUGCUUCUCAUGAUGUCUUCCCCCCUCUCUCUCUCUCUCUCUCUCUCUCUUUCUCCCUCUUUCUCCCACUGUUUAUUUUCCUGCCUCCAUCUGGAGUCGGCUGAUAUUGUAAUCGCCCUAAUGCACAUUGCCUUCCCCUCACACACACACACUGACACACACACACACACUCACAAUGUGCCAUCCUGACAAGCCCCUUUUCUUAUUCCAAAAGAUAAGCCUCUGGAUGUGAUUCUGUGACUGUACGUGUGUGAGUGUGUGUGCACAUGCAGGUGUCUAUGCAGUGUCUAAUGAGCACAAAAAGGACACACACACACACACACAGACUGAGGAGUGUGUUUCUCCUUGCACUCUGCCAAAGGUAACAAUAUUGAAUGGGCACUUCUUAGUGAUGUGGCGCAGCGAUAAUGUGUCAGAGUGAAGAUGUUAGCUGUUAUCGCUCUGCUCCUCGAUACUCACCUGUCACCUCAUUUACAUUUUAAAAUUAGACCCUGGUAUCGCAGUGUGUGUGUGUGGGAUUGUGAGUGUUUGUCUCUAAAUAUGGAGGUAUGCAUGUAAAGGAUAGAUAUUUGAAGUGUUGUGCGUGAUGGCUUUUGUUUGGUGAUUCAGGAGAGGUUUGUAUGUUGCAAACAGCUGCAGGGUGCUCACAGACAGGUUUGAUUGAUGGUGAGUAUGAGCUGUGAAACUGCACGAUUAGGAGACACCCCCCCCCCCCCCCCAUGGUUCACGAGAGGACGAUUGUUAAGGAAUACACCGACUUGCUUUGCUACCAGUCCAUAAAACCCCGCCAUAAAAGUCCUGUUUUUGUCCUUGUGUGUGUGUGUGUGUGUGUGUGUGUGUGUGUGUGUGUGUGUGUGUGUGUGUGUGUGUGUGUGUGUGUGUGUGUGUGUGUGUGUGUGUGUGUGUGUUAGAGGGAGAGGAGGGGGGGAGCAAGGUGGAGGGUGGGCGCAGACAGACAGCUCUUUAAAGCAAACAAACAGGCAGGCAGAAAAUCAGACAAAUUGACAAAGAAAGAGACAAAGAAAAAAGGAAAUGGGUGAGAAAGAGAGGAGAGGGUGAGGCGGGGGGGAGCUCACCUCAGCGCUGUCACGCUUUGGUGCUUUUAAUCACUUCGACUGAGGUCGCUUCCUUCAUAAAAAUUCAACAUUGUUAACAUGCAUCUGCACAAGCAUGUGAAAACACUCCUUGUUUUUAAACAGGCAUAAUUUACGAUCACCACCCCUGCUCACCGGCCCGGGUAACCCCGCCGUAUUUGAUUUGCAGCUCUCAUUAAUUUUGAUGUAUGGAUUUUGGACAGUACACUUUAUGAAAAGGGCAGCGGCGAGAGCGGAGCCGGGCUCGCCUGGUAAAAAGAAGUGUAAUUAAGAUCAGCAGACAGGGAGAGAGGAGAAGAAGGAGAAGAAGAAGAAGAGGAAGAGAGAGGUGCCGAUCAAUAGAUGCAGACAGUGGACCCUCUGUUUUUUCCUUGCGAGUAUUGACGUGUUCAGUCAAUUAUAGCCAGAAGAGAAGAAGACGAAGAGCAGAGGCAGAGGAUGUGUGUGCUGAAAUAUAAAAUAUAUUUGUUCACAUAUUGUCAGCCUGCAGAGCUGCAAACAGAUGUCUGCUUUUAAGAUGUCCUGUAGUUUUAACACUUCCACUCGCUCCAAGCCUUUUAUCUUUCAUCAGCAGACACAACCGAAUCAUUGUUUCCGCUUUUCGCCGCUUAAAAUCACACCACCACCGCCAAAUAAUGAGCCUCUUUUCUUUUGUGCUUGAAUUUGACUUGCAUGAUGGGUAUUGUAGGACAAGAGGGCUUCCAGCUGUUGUCAGUUAGUGUCACAGACAAACAGGGAGAUGGGACAAUGGGACGACGGCCGCUCGCGCCGUCCGAUUGUCUUGUUGUCAAACCGACAGCAGGUGCCUGGAAUGAUAAACGCAGAGUGUCAAUUAUGUCGAGGAAGGGCCAUUUUGGAAAAUUGGCGCAAAGAGAAAGAAGAAGCGAGGCAGGGGAGACAGUAGGGGGUUACUUAAAAGAAGCAGAAGGAACUGGUCCAUUUUCCCCAAAUGGGGCCGAGUAAAAGCCUCAUUUUGUUUAACUUCUGCAGCAUCCUGCCCGCUGUAGUCUUCUCCUCCACAUCCCUGUCAAGCCUUCAGCAGCCUGCAUUGUUGCUAGCCACCCUGCUAAGUGUUUGUGCGCUCACAGCCGGUACCAGGAACAAAAUUACAGUCCUUUUUUCCGUGCACAAAAAUGAUAUUUGAUGGCAUCUCCACCUCUGAAAAAAUGUUUAGAAUAAUCACUCUGUUUUUUUUUUCAUAGAGGGGAUAAGAGAGCCUUGGUUUUCUUGUAUAAAAUAGCAGUUUAGUAAAAAUGAAAAGGGGGGUGGGUGGUCUUAUGUGAGGCUGCGACUGUGUGUUGAAGAAAAGAUGGAGAUGUGAAGCUGUCUGUGUCAGACGUGUGUGUUGGAAGCAGACAGUAUUUAAAGAUAAGACUAAACUGUAUGUUUUCAUGUCUGUGGCAGAUACCUAUCCAUCAGAACAUCUUUAUACGUCUGUAAAAUCCUCCUCUGUACAUUCAUGACCCCAGCUGCUCUUAUGGAUUUGCAAUUGACAGGCCUUUCAUCAAAGCAUCUGUUCCCCCCCUCUGUCACACUCUCACCAUAUGGACAUGUCAUCCUCAGCUGCGCGUUUCAUAGCAGCGUAGAAGAUGUGUCUCCAUGGUAACCAAACUCCUCUUUUAGUAAUAUGAUACGAAUUAUACUUUUUUUUUAGUUCCGCAAACGCAGGAUGUGCUGAAAUGUGAGACACCUUGACAUUUACAGCGUUUCAUAUCGAGACCGUCGGCAUCAGUCGGUGUGAUGGUUGGACUUUGAAGUUUUACACCUCCCCCGUGUUUGUCUUCUCCACAUGAUAAAGCCUUUUGUGGAAGAAUCUGACUUUUUCCAGGAUUUUAAACAGCUCCAGAUUGUGGUGAAGCCUUGUAACACAGAGAGAGUAGGCGCGGAGCAGAGGAGGGAGAAGGGCUCUCACGGUGCAAUAAAAAAUCCAGGAGAGAGUAUAAAUCCAUCUCCCCUUGUAAGGUCUGAGAUUUUUUUGCAGAUGUUUCAAGAUGUUUGGCUCCAAGUUGCGGUAAUUUCUUGCCCAUCUGUCUUCUCCUCUCCCUCCAUGUCUCUUUAUCAACAUCUGGUUUUUAGUGCGGCGGGGAAACAAGUAUCCUUUAUAAGCCAAGGGUUCCCAGUUCCCCCUCUGCUUGUGCUAUUAACUUAGCCUCAACUACUGCUCUCUCUGCGCGCACACAUACCCACAUAUGCUAACCAUUAGACAGUCAUACCAUUCAGAAAAUGUAAUAACUUUCAGUUAGAGGGGGAGAUAAAGUAUUUGGGCCUCUCUUUUUUUUGGUCCUCUCUUCACUUUUUCCAUAACUGCAAAGAAUUUGAGGUUCUGGUUUUUUAUGCGUCCCCUGUGACGGGACAAAAUACUGCUCAGUUGUUAGUUUGAGGAUGCUUCAGUGAGAGGAAAGCCCCUUCCUCUAAAGCACCUCAGUAGGACCCUUGGGUGUCUGUCUGCACCUCUGCUGCCCAUUUACAAGUGAAGAGCAUAAAGCUGCAGUUUAGGUCGAUAGAAUCACACGCAUCACAUCAUAGACGGAGAGGGAGACAUGUCCUCUGAAGAAAAAAACACAGCCGCCAAACUCAGAUCUUAAUUUGCUAUUUCCUCUUUGUCGAUAUUAAAUUGUCCUCAUAAUAAUUCCCAGCUGUGCAGGGAUGGUGUACUGUGGCGCAGCUGCAACUUUAUGUUUACGCAUUAAACCAUUGCACAAACAGAGCUGAGCUACACACCACAUAAACACACACACAGAUAUGAACACAGAGAUGAUGCUCUAACAUGCUCACAGAUAGUCAGGAGUUGAAUCUGCACCAUAUGGAUCUUAAAUGGAGGCGUGCAGCGCCUUUGGUGUGACAUUCAAGGCUGCGUUUGAUCAAAGAGGUAUUAGGGAAAUUUUAUCCAAUUAAUUGAAUUGAAUUAAAAUUGUCUGUCAUUGAUUAUAAAUUCAUGAUCAAGUCAGUCUAUGUAUAAAUAUAGUCUAUAUAUGUGUGUAUAUAUUUAUCUCCUUGGGGCUGACUGAUAAAGGUUUUUCAAGGCCAAUAUUGAACAGAAUAUUUCAACUUUCCGUCAUUGUUAGCAGUUAAAGUUCAUGCACCAAGUGGAGACAGAAAUGGCAAAUGCAUUUUAUUUGUCAUAGGGGUCAGCUCGUAUCGGAUUUCCAGGGCCGAUAUCAUGCCAGUCAAUAAUUAUUUAAUAUUCAAAGGGAGCAAUAAGCAUUUACAGUCAAUAUUAAAAUCUUUUUUACCGAAAUAAGAUUAAGAAAGAUUACACACUUAAAUGCAAGUCUUUGCUGGGACAGUAAUAGAAUAUCUGAUGAUGUUGUAGGCGGGGCUUUGGCUGAGAGGCCAAUACAGAGAAUCUACCUAAUGCCAAAUAUCAGCCCCAUAAUUUACCAAGGCUGAUGUUGACCUACUCUCACAUUUACGAUUAACAUCUUCUUUUGAAGAUUGUAUGACUUUUUAAAUGUUUAUUGGUUGCUGUCAUUCUAUAGUACAUAAUAAUGCAUAAUAAAAAAUGUGGUAUACUAAAUUAGCAAGUUCAUUAAUUAUAUAACUGAAUCGAUGUAUUGUACCGCAAUAUCAAAAUGAGGAAUGGUGCAGUUUUGAGCAUCUUAAUUUGCUUGUAUUUUGUAACAGGAAGUUGUAGAUGCUUUAAUCUUAGUGUUAGAUGGGGCUUUAACAAAGUGUGAAGGGUUUCUUUCCUCCUACUUUAGCAAUUUGUACGAAUAUCGUCAUAUAUCUUUCUCUUUUUUUGGCACAAAGAAAGAAAAAUACAUGCAAUCAUAACUAUGUAUCAUACUCUGAAAUACGGGUAACCUCCUAUUUACAUAACGUAAUAAUAUGUAAAUAUUACGUAUACGUAAUAAUUACACACUUAAGACCGAACAUAAACCCCUGCUUUCACCUGGUUAAAGCCCUUGAAUUGUAUUUUAAAAAGGCUGACAUUACUCCUCUCCAGUGAGUCCGUCUCACAGCUUUUUGUUCCACAGAUUAAAUCAAAAAGCUUCACAGUCUUGUAAAUUAAAUUCUUACCAUUAAUAACACCCUUCAUCUCAUUCCCUUGACAGUUUUUUAAUAUUAUUUGGUACAAUAUCGUGGUUUUCUCUUUGCCUUGAAGAUGAUUUGUGCCGUUUGAAACUCCACAGGAUCAGAAAUCUUGAGUAAUAUUGACUGUAAGAAAAAUAAAUCAGGUAUCCGACAUAAGGAAUAAGUGUUAUUGCUGUUUUUUAAAGUGAACUGUUAUAAGAGUAGCUCCAAAGCUCAGCAAACUAAAAUACAGUACAGAACAUUUAAUGUGAGAUUUUCUGUUUAAUUUGUCGUCUGUUGCAACCCCCAGAAGUUUAUUUUGAAAAAUUCUCUAAACAUCUUCCUCAUUUAUUUCGAACCGUACUUUAAUGUUUUAAUACAGCCCACUGUUUCUCUUUUACAGCACGUACCUUCGCACUAUUUUGAGUCAUUUAGUCACCGAAUAGAAACAUGCUGAGCUCAGUCUAAUCACCAAUGAUAGACGUUUAAAUCUAUGUUGUUACUUUCUUUAACACAACAAAGUCUCAUGGAGGUUUGUGAAACGAACAAUAACAGUAAAAACUGCAGCGUCAAAUACACAUCGAGAGCCCAGCAUGAAGCGUUCCCUCCAUUUCAUUAGAGUGAUAGGUUUGGAGAAACAUUCACUUGGAGAAAAUAUAUUUCUUUGAUACUAAACUGAGCUCUAGUUAAUGUUACAAUCAGGUUAUAAUUGUUAUGCUCCUGGAGACACGCUACGCCACGUCUCUCUGUCUGAGUGUAACAAGUCUUUUCUGUUGCCAUUUUGCCCGAGGCUGCGAGACGCGAUCACACAAACACAUGUAGCCUCACACGACAGACGCCCAUCAGUGCCAAACACAACAAUGUGAGAGCCACUCACCGCCUGGGGCCUCAGCCUGAUAGGAUAAUAACAAGACACCAGCUGAUGGAGGGCACAGGACACACACUCUGUUCACACUCUCUGUUCAUCCCGAACCCGUGUUUGUUCACCAUUAACAUAAAAAAAGGGAUUAGACUUAUCCGGCUGAAUAGACUGUUUUAGAUGUUUUAGUGUAACCCUGUCCUUUAAUAUCACCUUAAGGGGGUUUUAAUUGAACCUAUUUAUAUUUAUAUUUUUUCUUUUUUAAAUUUGAUUUUAAUCUUUUUUUUUUUUUUUUUUUGCUGUUGCUGUUGUGCUUUGCAGAUUUGUGUUUAGGGGUGAUGGAUUGUGAUUCUGAAAGGGGACGUAGAGAAAUGGAUCAAGAUAUGGGUAUAAGAUUGAAGGUGAUUAAAGGUCUUAUCACAGCCAUGUAGUUACUGCCAAAUGGAAAUGAACUCUUACAUUGCCAUCAUUUAUGGAAUGUUGAUGAUUUAUGAUGAUUUUUAAGAAAUUACAAGUUUUCCACUUUUGGUCUUGAUUUGACAACAGUGGUGUGUCCAGUCUAUUUUGUCCAGGGUGGCCAAAGUGGAGCCCAAAUUAAUACAGGGAGGGCGUGAACCAUAAACUGUAUAUAUAAUGGACAGUGUCUGCCUCCUCACUGGGUGAAGCCACCCCGAGAACAGCACCCUCUGGCGACGGGCUGCAGUAUAGGUCAUAAAUCCCACCAAUCCCUAUGGAGCUUUGGACAAACUUUUGAAAUUUAUUACACAGAAUAUACAUUUUUCUCCGCCCUGGUUGCGAUGUGAUUGACACUUGAUACAGCCUAUGGGUGAACAAAGAUUGCGUAGCUCACCGGGGGGAUAUUCUCUUUAAGCUGAACAUCUAUCACAGCUACUGUGCAAUUGGUGGUUCCAGGAAGCGGCCAAGUUGUCCAUAGUAUAUACAGUCUAUGGCGUGAACUAUUUAUGCAUAUGAACACAAAUAAACUAAGAGACAGAGUAAUUAUUAUUAUUAUUCUGUGUAUCAGCCAUUUUUCACAAAUAGCCAAUAAAAUUGAUUCAUUAAAUGUGUGCUACUUUGGCUCUGCAGCAGAUGUGUCUUUCUCUCUGAGUUUAUCACAUCCCAUUAGACAACAAGUCUCUGUAGUAAGGAGCUACAUUUUGUGUGCACACAGAGCUAGUUACAUAUAGCACUAGCUGACUAUUUACAGUCCUAACACAAUUGAACUGAAUAAAAAGAGGUCUAAGUGGACACAGAAUAAGACCAGCCUUUAAAUCUUAGUCCUUGAGAAGAUGCUCCAGUAGAGGACUAAUUACAGAGCUCAUUUCCAUCAAGAUACAAUCAUCAGGUAAAUGCAGGAAGUUAAAUUUCACACUUUUUUGUUAUUUUAUUGGUGUAUUUGAAGACCUGAACAGGAUUUUAAACUCUGACUGCAGGGCCAUCGAUUUUACACAUUUUAUCAACUGAAGAACACAGAUUAAAACCUAGAGUCUGAAGUUUAUUUUAACUCACACGUGACACUGACCCUUUCUCUGGUUUUUCAUCUGUUUCCCUCCUGUUCACAGUCGCUUGUUUUUUCAGUAUUACCCACAUUGUUUUAUUUCCCUCACAAGAACAUUUAUCUGCUCAUGAUGCUUUUCAGAUUGAUGAUAGUUAGAAAGAUGCUGAAUAACUUGAAUACCUUUAGAGUAUAACUCCAAAGUUGAUAAGGAAGAGAUGCAGUCAUACCAACAGAGUUUGAGGUGGCCCCUGGAGUUUCCAUUGUCAAUGGGGGCCCCUGUUGAUCCGUUGGCAUACUGCGGGGUUUCAGUGCCUAGUUAGUCCAAUAAGAAGGAUCCUCAAAUGUUAUUCUAGUGUAUUCUUGUAUUCUAGUGGAGGAAAAGUUGGGUCAUCAGGCACAAGUCUGCCAGGUUCUCUGUGUUUAUGUUCCUGAUAUAAACAAGUUUAUUUGACCAAACACGUCUCUAAAAAUGAAGAAAAUCAAGUGGGGCAUGAUAUUGAGUUAUAAAACCACUGGCGACCAAUUCAACAAGCCGCAGAGUCGGACAACAGAGCAAGCAAUGCAGGCAACGACAGAAAGGAGAAAGAGAAAUACCCUGAACGAGAUGUUAAACAACAUUUAUGAGUUUCCAAAUUGCUGAGCACGGCUACGAGCAUAAUGUGCUUCUGAGAUCCUCUGUCUCUCUUACAGACAGCCGCUAACGCUAAACUGCAGCUUUUCCUGGAAACGUUUCAGCGUUUGAGGAGAAAUAACAUGAAAUCAAGUCAACCUAUAUUUAAGGAGUUCAAGUCGGGGAGUUCACACAACAAGCCUUAACCACAGCUACAUGUGAGCCACAGCCUACACUUUAUAUAGCUGCUCUGCUGUAAUAGAAAAUCAUAGUGCGACUGGGGAUUAAGCGGCUGGGAAAAUGCUGUGUUCAUGGUAUGUGGAGGGAAGCUAGUAAAAUGUGACACAGCCGGCAGCGUAAGGAACUUCUUGCUUUUUAAAAUGAUUGCCAGAGCAAGGCUUCCUUAUUUCAUGAAGAUGGAUCGAGGAGCUUGUGGAGGAUUUUUUUUUAAGGACAAAAUAGCUUCUGCAUGUGAGGAGAGAGAUUUCAGAUUUAUUGCUUUUCCUAAUUUGAGAUGAGGGAGUAAUUUCAUUUAUUCACAGCUGCGAAAUUACAGUCAAAGUUCUUUUACAGCCUGGAAAUGUGUGAUUUUAAGAAUCUGUCUGACUGUAACACAGAUCAGGAGUGUGUUAUAUUUCCUUUAAAAUGACAGCAUGCAUUCAUAUACACACACACGCUGACAUCCCUCUUCUCUCUGAAAACCAUCAGUCCUGAUAUGUCUGAGUGGUUUUGAUUAAGGAUAGGUCGUGACUGAGAGCUGCGGUAAUGGUGCUCUAGUGCUGGAGGACGAGGCAAGACGACAGCAUUUUAUUUUACCAGCCAGACACAGUCAAUCUGGAUCAGAGCGAGAUGAAAAAGACUCUUGUAUUCAGCUCUGUUAAUGUCAGUUUUAAUGCUGUUGUCAUUAGGGCUUUUUCUUUUUCCAACAGUCUCUGCAGAAGUGCAGUGUGAAAAUAAGGUAGAAACACCUUGCUGGCACUUAUUGAUCCUGCUCUUUGUCAGCCAAUCACCUUCCUCCUCGCUCCUUUCUGCCGUCUGCCAUUGUGUCUCUGUCUCCGGCUAAAAAGAACACCACUUUAGCACCCUUGUAUCUCUGCAUAUGUGUGCACAUAUGUGUGUAUGUGCGAGUGUUCUUUGACAGCUGGGAGAGCAUAUCUGCUCCACUUGUUGUCAUGGAAACAGUAGGCAUACUGUGAGUGUGUAUGUGUGUCUCACUGGAGACCCCUGAGAUGGAGCAGGUAGCAGGUCCAAGGCCACAUUUAGACCUCUUGUCACUCUAAUGAAACUCUCUUCUACUUCUAAAUGUUUGUCUCAGACACCACGGCUUGUUUCACCGUUUGACGCCCCAGGGAGUGAUUGAGGACGCGAGAUAGGACUGUGCACUUACCCAGGGCAAAAGCCAAGGCAGGAGGGUCAGGCCUGGAGAAGUCAGUCCCAAAACCUCCUUCCUAUUACUCUUCCUUCUCUGUCAACAAAGCUCCACUCGCCUCGCAUCCCAGGAUUGCUGUUCCAGCUUUAAUUACCUGAAAAGAAGCAAAAACAUCCUGGACUCAGGAUGAAGAACGUUUGACUCACUAUAUUGUAUCUGAGCCAUGCAUUUUCUCUGUCCCCCUCACACACAUCCUGACCCCAACCAGCCAACCAUCCCCACCCUUCUCCUCUCCUUUGCUCCCUCGGUUCCCAUCCUCUCCUCCCCUACCCCUCCCCCCAGAUCUCCUUCUGGUUCCCUUUCUGGUUCCUGACCAGCGGGGCUAUCUCUGGACGGCCGGCGGUUCCUCUCAUUCUGCCGGCCCAUUGUGUGGCGAGCUGGGCUGGGCCCUUGGCCCCGGGGGCCGGGAGGGGAGCCAGGAAUGGUCUGGUUCCUGUUGCUGUGCUAGUUAGAGGAACUGUGGCACCAUUUCCAUUAGUGCAUCCUCACCGCUGGGAAACUGAUUUUAGAGUCUGUAUUUGUGGAAACGUGAGUUGCUUCCCUUGUUUUUGGAGAGCUGCAGUUUGAGUGAAAGGAUCUCAGGAGUUCGAUUGGACGCCUGAAGCAGCGUAAUAUCAUUUUUUUUCUGCAGCUGUUGGACGUAAAAUCUGUUUAUUACAUGAGGCUCAAAAACUAAUGUCUUUGUUUGAGGUGGUAAAUACUGACAGGCUAAGACAGAUCUGACUUUGUCUACAUUCUAUAACACUAUCCGAAUGCAACGUUUUCAUAAAUUCAGCCCUCAAACUCUGACAAAUUUGGACAGUACUUUUCUUCUGGGAUUAUUUGGUGCCUCAUUGCCCUGCACUGACUCCAUCAGCAGCUGAGCAGGAAGUCAAAGCCUCUAAAAGUACUUAUCUUUAAAAAGAAAAAAAAAACAAACCCAAGUAAAGCAUGCCUACUCCACUGUCCUCAACUGCCAAUCUGAUGGAAACACACAAAAUGUCUGAUCUAGCAUCUUCUCUAAGCGACCUUUACUUUGAAGGGACCCAUCACUCUUUAAAAAUGUCCAUGAGCUUAUGGCGCUGGGUUAAAUCACAAUGCUGCAGUCUUCUCUCUGAAUUUAUAUGCAAAAGCUCCAAAAUAAACUUAUAACCUGCGUCCACCUCAUGUGUUUCUCCCUCUCCUGCUCACGGCGGCGUUUUGCAUAAAGCGCUACACUAGCUAGUGCACUCGGUUAAUUACAACCGCCAGGCCAGGCUGUCACAGUGACUCACAGAAGAGAGAGAGAGAGAGAGAGGGAGAGAGAGAGGGAGGGAGAGAGAGUUGGCAGGUGUGCAGAUGCAUCGUUAGCGCCACCAAGUGAUGCAGAGAGAAGAGAAUACCUAUAAAAAGACCUGAAGGGGGUUUAUCCUGACAAACGGUGUCUGCAUUGCUGCACAUUUCUCUUCCUCCUUCAAUUUUCCUUUCAUCUAAUGUCUUUUCCUCCCUCCUUCCUCUCUCCCCACCAUCCCCUAUCUCAUCCCUAAAUCUUUUAACACCUUCACCCCUCUUUUCUUCUACAGCUUAUUCUCAACUUUUCCUCCCUGUCGCCACUUCACUCGCUGGUGUCAGUCACGCCGUCUCUCGUCCGCUGUUGCGACAAAUCAGGUGCCCCAUUCAUCUGGUGUCAUCUGAGAGCUGUAACGGUGCGCUUCCUCUUCUCCUCCUGUGUUCACAGUGACAGCCACCUCUCGUAUUUAUCAUUUCCUAGCAGAUCACAUCAGAAGUGGGCCAAGUGGGGGGGGAUUUAUAGGACUGGUUGAGGGUGGCUUAGCUGUAAUGAAGUAGGGGAGUGGGUUUAUUGGUGGUGCAGUUUUGAGGAAGUGCAUUUUAAUUAUAGGUCUUCAGGAUCCUGUGUAAAAAUCUUCCUUGAAUGUUUUGGACAUUAUGCAGCUUUCACUUCAGAAAUGGGGCAUCUGAGCACAAAGAAAUCAGAUCAUGUGUAAGUAAUCUGCAGCUAUUUCACGCCUCCAGGUGAGAAAACAAAAAUGGUUCCUGCAUCCCCCAUUAACAACCUUAACAGCAGUUAAGUGACUGGUUUGGUUGCAAGGAGCUGAGAUUGGACGAAUUUAGCAACCCAUCCACCCACACACACACACACACACACACACACAUUUAACACAAGCCUGCACACAUGCAGGCACCCCAAAGCAAAAAAAAAAGUCAUUUGUUCUACCUCAUUAGCAUGUAUUGUGGCGAGCGGGCGUAACACACUGAAAGGUGAAAUGGGUCCGCCAUGAAUAGCGCACCAGUCGACAGAGGAAAGGAGGAGGAGGAGGAGGAGGAGGAGGAGGGGGAGAGACGGGUAGGGGAAGGAGAGUGUCCAGAUGGCUGGGGACCUGCCGCACACAUAGGGACUCUCGCUCACUCUCUCUCUCUCUCUCUCUUUCACUCACGCUUUUUUUUUUCACCCCGCUGAUUGCACCGCUUGGACUGCAGUCGCUCUUGCUUCUGCAGCUCCUGUUUUUUUUUUCUUUUUUUUUUCUCACUUCCAUCAACACACAAAGGCCGAGCCCACGAGUAACCUCCCUUCCUCCGGAGUUGUUGUUCAUAUGCAGCCACUGCACAUACACACACACACACACACACACAUUUAUAAAUAUACAUACAGAUAUAUGGUCUCAGCACUGUGUUCGCACCUCUCCCUUCAUCCUUCCAUCCUCUACCUUUCUUUAAAAUCCGGCUUCCCUCCACUCCUCUUUUCUUCUUUUAAUCACACAUUCACCAAAGUGAAACACGGUUCUUAAAAUACCCCUAAUUAAUGACUUACACACACUUGGCUGUAGUUUGUCCACAGCAAAGUCGGACACAUCUUGGACACGUUUCACAGAGCCUCCUUCUUCAGUCUGAUGACUGGGGUACGACUACGUUUGAUAUGCAGUAUUGAGAGUCUGUUUCUGGCGGGUUACAUCAGAUUGCACUAAAGCUGAGGCCAUCUUUGCUCCAUCCUUUGACUGCGAAAGAGGCAAGUGAGGAAGAGUGUUGACGUUUGCCCUGAUGUUCCCUUUCCUAGUCUCUCAGUAUUGUGUAGCACUGCCAGAAUUUCUGCUCAUUUAUCUUCCCAUCUGUGUGUGUGUGUGUGUAUGUGUGUUUCAGUCUGCCAGCCCGUCACUGACUCCUUCUCUUCUCUCUUCUCUUGAUUCUACCUCCCCAUCCCACCCUGUCGUCUUAGUCUAUCCUCCACUUUUUCUUCUUUCUCCUGUCUUGUUUGUCUCUCUCUGACUCUCGCUCCUGUGCGUCUGAAUCACUGAUGGUGUCCACCGGGGUGUAAACCAUGUUUUUAGAGGCAUCACAAGCAAAAAAGAAAAAAAAAAGCAGGAAAGUAAGGCGAAAGAGGCAGACAUGUCUGGACAUGUUGUGAUGUUGUUGGUCGCUGACUGCGUCCCUCCAAACACAAACCUGUACUUAUGUCCUUUUGUGUCCAUUUUUCCCACACACAUCUCAGCGCUAUCACAGAGUAUCCAGAUCCUGUCUCAUGGGAGUUCAAUGUGUGUGCGUCUCACUCUAUCACCCCUACUAUUCAAGUCCACCUCAUUGACUCAUCAUUGAGUGGGCCCUCCAAAGCUCCAUUGAGUUUAUCAAGUCUUCCACAAAAAAGUCACUCCCAUUCUUUCUUAUUGAAACCGCUCUCCCUGCACUCACACACACACACAUUUUCUGAUGCACAUACACACACACACAUAGGGGUGGCUUGGCCCUGCACAAAAACAGCCUCUGCGCUCUAUUGAAAUCCCCUUAGCAAAGCGUUUUCUCCUCAUCAGCAUUGUGCAGCUAUUCAGUUUGUUAAUGCGCCUGUGUGGAGAAAGCCUGUUUUGAAUUUAAGCACAUAUAUUAACCCGUUUGUUGUAGAUGACUCUUUAAUAGCCUGAAAAGGAGGUGAAAGAAGGACGGAAGGAAGAAGGAUUGGGGGGGUUUAGGAGGCAGAAGACAAGCUUGCAUUGCAGCUUCUUGACAAGUUGUUAACUGUAUACAGCAAAGCCCCUGAUGCUUAUUCACACAAAGAGGUGUCAUUUGAUACAGCAAGACUUUUGUUCCAUUCAAGAUCAGAAGCAGUGUUUGGUGUUUUAACAAACAAAAUGGUGCAAAAUGGCUGGAAAUGUCUGUACAACAAACUGGUAAAGUAACAGGAACAGCAAAUGUACACAAGUGCAGCUUUUGUUGUAGCUGCUGAUGUGAGGAUUUUUGGUGCAAAUUGGUUGUGAAAAAAAGAUUAAAAUGUCUGAGAAAGCUGUGUGAAAUGGUUGGGAAUGCUGUCAAAACAUACUAGUGAAAUUAAAGACAAGAGGUUUCUUCAUUCGUCCCACAAGGGGACAUUCCAAAUUUACAGCAGCGAUAAAUACUAAAGAGAAAUCAAAGAAUGAAGAAACUUAGAUGUUAAAAAGAUGUAAAGAAAAAAAAGAUAUAUACAUGAGUGUUAUUUACAGCUGUGAAGGUAUUGCAAAUGUACACCAGUGCAACAACUCAGUUCUGUCUCUGUGGUUGAGUUUAUUUUUGAUUAUGUCUUCUGUGUGGAAAUAGUUUGGUUGUCAGAAAGUGUGUAAAACACCUGGAGAAUGGGUGUCACCUGGCUGAGAAUACUGAACGACAAACUGGUGAAAUUAUAGAUAUUGCAAAUAAACACCAUUGUUAACAACCUGCACUGUUUGAAGUGAAGCUGCAAUGAUGGUGCUGCCUUUUUGGUGGAAAUAAGAAAAAUGUGAAAAGUUUCUAGAAAAAGAGGGAUUGUUGCAAAUGCUGCAAUAAAAAGAACAGGUGAAAUUAAAGGUAUUGCAAAUGUGCGCAAAGGUGACCAUCAGCAUGAUUUUUUUCAAUGAAGUUUCUCUGCUGCCAGUUUGAUUAUGUCCUAAUGGUGGAGAAUGUUUGGUUACCGUAAAGUAUAUAAAAUGUGAAGGUAAAAUUUGUAAAUGUUUGGAAAAAUGUGACAAACUGAUGAAAUUUCAGGUAUUUUAAAUGUGCUCCAGCUCAAACAAUUGUAAAGCUUCUUGUUGAGAGUGUCGUCUGGGUGGAAAGUGUUUGUUUGCUGACAUCUGCUGAUGUUAUUACAUGAUUCUUGUUGCAGAUAAGACAGUAGAAGUGGGACUGACUCCAGACAAUCUGGGACAGAAAAGUGAGAACAAAUUACUUGAAAAGAGGCCUUGAAACCCAGAAGAAACAAACAGAAUAAUCUCGCUCAUUCUUCAGGCCAAAAAAAGAAAAAAACCUUAUCUGGAAAUAAAUGUUCCACCUUCUUGACUGAACAUGCAGCUUUUCUGGCAAGUUCAGGCUCAGCUUUCUGGCACCAGUGUAAAAAUCAAUCAAUAUCUGGUCUCUUGUUACAAUAACUGGAAGGUGGAAUAUGAAGUUAAGCUUCAAAUGGCUAUCUAUUGAGCAAACUUAAUCCAGUGUAUCAAUGUCUGCCUAUAAAAGGAAACAUGAGCUGAAAAAGAAAGAGUGCAUGAGUAAUUUUUUAGGCCAUGAGUCUUGAGGGAGCUGGUGGAGCUGUUGUUUAUCAGUACACACACACUUUCACCCCUCAUCUGUCUCUAUCUUGUCUCUUUCUCUGUCUUAUUAUACUUCUUUAUCCCCUUCCCUCUUCCCUCCAUUACUGGCAUUUUAAGCAGCCCGCUGGGGAGUAUGGGGCUUGUUGGCUCGCAGUAAUGUUUAGAUGUUUUGUCUCUCAUCCUCGCUGCUGUUGGCACACACACACGCACACACAAACACACGCACAAAGGGAGGUAAAUGCAGUUAAAAGGACGUUCAGGGGAAUUUCUGCUUCCAUUUUUUCACUCUUCCACCCUCCUGAACAUGAUGCACGGGAUUGUGUGAAAGCCUGUGUGCCUGUGUGGGUGUAAAUGUGUGCAGAUGCCUGCAAGCUGACAGGGAGUGAAAGCCCAGACAUAUGUUAAUCAGAUGUUGUGAUGAUGGCAGAGCAGAAGGGGAGCCAGCCAGAGACAGCGAGAGAGAGAGAGAGAGAAUUGGAGGCAGGAAUGAGGGGUGAAAAAAAAAAAGAAGAGCUUUUAAAAGACCACGAGCUGCGGUGGGAGGUGAGGAGAGGGACGUAGAGGGGAAAAUGGUUUGGGGGGAGAGAAGAGAGAAAAUGACAGGAAGUGGUGCAGUGAUUCAUUUUCGAACUGCAGGAACCACUGCUAAGAAUCGAUUCGAUCCAUUAGUUUAACUGAAUGGACCUACACUACAGGUUUGAGGUCGCUAAACAAAAUUGAUAAAUCUUCCUGAAGGGACCGGAUACAUUAUCCAUGUCAUGAGUCAUUUUUCCCCUCUAUAUUUUAUUUCAGGAUCCUGGGCUGAUAUUACUGCCCUGAUUCAGCAGCGUCAGAUAUCUGGAGCCUGUGAGCCAAACGAAACUUAUUCUAAUGAACCCACCAAGAAAAGUCACAAACUCUCUUUUUGGCACUAUUGGCGUGUUUUACUAGCUGUCUUUCUGGCUACAGGCGUAACUGUGUAAAUACUUGAUAUUUGGUACCAUCAUUCAUUUAUCAGGAUAAGUGUAUGCUCUGCUUUACUUAGCUCAACUUAAAGCUCCUGUAAGGAGUUUUCAAUUAACAGCAAUGACCCUCCACAGACUUAAGUUCAGGACAAAAUUGCACUGUUUUGUAAGUGCUUUGCAAAUGGAAACAUGAAUUGAUCAAUGCGCAUCAGAAAAAAAGAGCAAAAUUCAGGAGGGAGGGAGUGAGCAGUUCAAGACAGAGGAACAACAGAGUAAAUUGAAAGAGAUAUAAAUCAUUGGAAGGAAAAUCCAUGAGGAAGAAGAGAGCUGGAGAGAGGAGAGAUGUGGGGCAUUUCUUCUCAAGAGAGUUCAGAGGGGGCCGAGAAGCAGCAGACGGCCGCUCCAAAUGGAUUUUCCUUGUUUGUAAUGAGGCUACUUCUCCUGUCGCUGCCAGAGCGUGUGGUGUUUUUGGGUGGGGGGGGUCUGGAUGGAGGGAAAAAUGUAGAGAGAUGGAGGAGGAUGAGUGGUGAAAAUGGGGAGAAGUGGCAAAGAGGGAGCGGAGGGUUGGUGCCUGAAUGAGAAAAUGGCUUGAAUAAUAGGAGUGGAAUAGCGUUCAAUCGUACAUCUUUCUGACGGCGUUCUGCGGUUGCCAGAGGGAGGAGGAAUGAGAGAGGAAGAAUAGAUGGAUGUUGGGGAGGAGAGAAAUAACCAGUUAUUGUAGGUAGUGUUGGCCAGUGAGAAGGAAAAGAAAUAAAUGGAGCAGGGAAGAGGAAGAGAGGGGAGAUUUGAGGUUGAAAAUAUUACAGCUGUUGUGUUGAAGAUCAGAGAAGUAAUAGCAUUGCGGUGUUUGUAAAGUCGAGCUGUAAACUGUGAUAUUGGGAAACACGUCACGAUGGACUGAACAGCGACUGGAAAAGUAACGAUUGGUUCAGCGACAAGCGUGAACGUAGUCCACCGAUCAAAAAAAAAAGGACGAUGUGCUUUUCAUUUUCAAACAGAGAAGCCGAAGCUUUAAAUGAGAAACAUAUGAAAGAGAAACUCACCCAAGGCUAAAGUCGGGUAAAGACAGUGACCUGUUUUUAGCUCCUCUUUGAAGUGAAUUCCACGGUUCUGAACUCAUAUUACCUUUCACUUCUCCUCCACUCCACUUUGUUGUUUUCUUCUUCCCUUUUUUCUCUUUACUUUUAUUCAUUUUAGCUUUGGCUUGAACACCACAACAGCAACGUGGGCACGCUCAAUAUUCACACUGAAACACAUGUAAUGUCGAUCUAUGAUAAGACGAACUUCUAUCUGAAAUCAAUUUAAUGCAGUCCCCUCAUUUAUUAUAGAAAAACUGAUUGAUCCCUUUGCAAGCAGAGUCUAAACAUGUGUGUUACAUGAUUGUAGAAUGUAAACUUGCACACCAGUUCAAACACUUGUCCCUUUAAAACUACCUACAAAGUGAGAAUUUCAAGAUAGUGUUAUCUGGUUUGUUAAAACAGCUGAACGGAGUUUUCAUUUUCCAUCGCCUUUGGUGGCCACUAUGGACAAAAGCAGUAGAGUUUUGUCCUAAAAAUGACUGCAUUUCCCAUGAGUUUUUGUACGAACUGUUGUGAAGACACUUAUAAGGUCUUUGGUCUGGCAUGUUGUUGUUUUGGAGGCGAAGGAAACAAGACGGGACAUACUGGUACUUUGAAUUUUUUUUUUUUUUUUUUUUUUUUUUGGCUAUCUGCUGGAGGCAUAGUGAUCAGGUUAUGUAUAUAUUUGCAUUUCUUUUAAAUAUAAUAUGCCGCCAGUAAAAUGAUGUAAUGUUGUAUUAUUGUGAGUUAUAUUUUUAGCCUACAGGUACGUCUUGUUCGUAACAACAAACAGAUUAUUUAACUCGGCUGUAGAUUAUUAUAUAAAGCUUAAGUUGUCAGCUUUCCUUGGUAAUGUUGUAUCUUCAUAUCAAUGAGCCAGCAGUGUAAAAAAGUGCAGCUAACGUUACCUGUCUUGGAGGAAUUGGGCAAAUUCAGGAUCCAACUUCAGGAUCCCUUCAAGCCCCACAGCUCUCUCCACUUCGCGAAAGGAAUUACCAAUGUUUAUCUUCAUUGUUGCCCUCGCUUAAUCACAUUCCCUUUUCACUUUUUUUUUUCUUUUUCUGUUUGAAUUUGUUUUCUUUUUGUGGACCCUGUCCCAUCAUCGGCCAUGUGUAGCUAUUUGUUUUUGUUCCGUUUUCACUGGCCAGCAUAGCAACAACUCACUGCUCCUCUCGUGUCCCAAUCUAAGAGCCGUAACUUCCGUUACGUCAAUGGGCAGACCCGACCAACGAAUUUUGAAAGUGGGAGUUACACUAUUUAGAAAUAUCUUCCCUCCGAUGGGCUGUUGUAGAUGACACAGCUAUAUCAGGAGAAGCAAGAUACUUUUAAAAAUCUAGUUAAAAGUUCCCUACAGAAACUUUAAUGCCUGGGGCACAGGUAUAGACUGCUAAGCUAACAGGACCACAAAGUGUUCCUUAAACGACUAGUCCCCCAUGUGCAUAUCCAUGGAAGUGAAGUGGACAUUACCAGGUUAAACUUUUUAUUCUAGAUUUAUUGAAAGAGGAGAGAGGGAGGAAUGGCAUCCAGUAAAGGGGGCCUCAGGAUUGAAUCUAACCGGAGCAACCUGCAUAUGUGGGGCACCUCGACCACUAGACUACCAGGUUACAUGUAGCUUUUAAGAUCCUAACACCAGCCCAGGGCUUCUUCUCUUGCUGCCACCUCCACCCCAGUUUAUCCCUUUGAGCUGUAUGCAUUGUUACUGAUGUCAACUUUGGACUUGUGCUGCUGCUCUCUCCACCUUUGCUUUUCAUGUAUGCGCAUGAAACAGAGGAAAGGUGUGCUCUCCCUGCUGCAGACUCAGUCCCUUCUUUUCUCUCAAUACUUUGUCUUUUUGCUUAUCUGCCCUCCUGAAACACUCCAUCUCAGAUACAGGUGGUUUUCCUUCACCUAUUUUGUUUCAAUCAACUCUGUCUCUCUUUUCAACUUUCCCUUUCCAUCUUUUUCUGCAAUUUAAGACCUCGUCCUCUUCCCUUUUACUCUAUUAUACAACAGAAAUGAGGUGAUUUUUUCCUCUUGUUAUAUUAAAUCUUAUUUUUCUUCACUCAUUUCAUUUUGCUCUGCAGCGCAUAUCAGUCCUACCAGAUGCAUUCUGCUACAUUUGUCUUGUCGGUGCACAUUCCAAGAUUACUUCAUACUCAUAUGUUUUAGAUGACUAAUACCAAAAACCACCUGUUAAAGCCUCCUUUUACACGCAUAUUUCUGAUAGACAGAUAAAGAAAAAGGAGGAGAGGGAUCUGAGAGUAGCCGCUGUCUGGUUCAAUUCCAGGUAACCUGAAAACAGCUGUCAAAUUACAGCACAUCUGAAUCUGAUGUUGCCACGACGAGAUAAAAAAUAUAUACGUCUAGUGUCAAAACCCAAUUUGUCAUGACAUAGUUUUAAAAUCUCAAGCUUGGAAGUUAUUACCUUCAGACUGUGCAGACGAGAGGAGGUGAGGAAAGGAGGAGAGGGAGCAAGAGUUUAUGAAAGCAAAAAACAAGGGCAGAGAGGAAGCAGAGGGAGAAGUCAGAGGCAGAGCACAGAUGGCAAGCUGUCAGCGGCCGGCUGUGCGUGUGUGUUUGCUGGCAUGUGUGUGUGCCUCUGUGCCAUGCAUUUGUGUGCAUCCUGCAUGUAUGUGCAGAGUAAUUCCUGCCUGUGCUUCCUUGUGUGCAUCCAUGCAUGUGUGUGUGUGUGUGUGUGCCCUCCAAGCUGAAGACUGCAUGAGCGCAGAGCUGUUCUUCCCAGAUGGCACCGGCAAACAGACACUGCAAGGCUGGCAGAGUUGGCACGGGUACGUGGCGCACAGUUGGCACUGCCAGCCACCAUGCGCUCCCCUCUGCACCGGGGCGAGGGUACCUGCUGCCAGCCGCCCGAGCUCUAGUGACAGACUGGCAGGCUGUCUAUACACUGACUCACUCAGUUUGUUGAAGUUUCCCCGUCUUUGUUUGAUCCUGAGAGGGCAGCCUUUCACCCUCGAUGAAUCCGAAACCUGCUGUUUUCAAGAAGAGGCGCUUUGAGGAUCUGUUAGCAUGCAGCUGUUCUAAUGAAAAAGCAUAAAAAGUCAAAGCAUGAAGCAGCAUCAGAUUGCCUGUCAGAGGGAUUCACAUCACACCUUGUGCAUUCAAAGAGCUCUAACCGAACACAGCUGCAUCGUAAUUACGUUCUGUUGAUUCUUAUUGUUCCAGCAAAAGCUUUCAUGUCUUAAUUUCAUUGUCAAAUCAUUAAACAGUGAUGUGUCUUAACAUACGCCUAUGAUCACGCUGAUCUAUAGGCCUACGCUGGAGAGCUGCCAGCUCUGGAGGCUUUCCAACUCAACGCCUUGAUGUUUUUCUCUGUGUGGAGAAAACAAGCCGACACGUACGAGACUGAAGAGCUACCGAGGAGAAUGCUUCGUUUAAGUGUGUGUGUGUGUGUGUGUGUGUGUGUGUGUGUGUGUGUGUGUGUGUGUGUGUGUGUGUGUGUGUGUGAGCUCUUUCAUGUUGGAUAAUAGUGGCACUAUAUGUGUGUGUGUGUGGACUGUACUUCCUAUGCAUUAAACAGGAAGAUGAGGACGUGUAAACUCUGCGUAGAUGCACUGUGCGUGUGUGAAUCCAAUUCUCUGCUACGUCUACAGUGUGUGUGUGUUUGUGUGUGUGUGUGGGUAUGUCUCUGAGGAAGCAGCUGUGCAAGUGGCAGCGUGUGCCAGGUCGGGAACACUUAAGCAAAACCGAGACAUUGCGCUUCUGUGUGUGUGUGAGAGUGUGUGUGUCUCCAUUUUGAAGCAUAUGUGUGUGCAUGUUUGUAGGUGUGUGUUUGUAUUCCUGUGUGUUUGUGUGAAAGCAGGAGGGGAGUGGGGUGGCGGUGGUGGGGGUAUUUUGGCCACCCAUCUGUGCUUGGAUAUUUUGCUACUGUUUCUGCAGGCACACACACACAUACACACACAUAUACACACACACACAGGCUGAGCGCUGUGCCAGGCAAGCUGUUCACUAGCUGGCGCUGGCUCGGCUCCAGAGAGAGUGGUGGCAUCCAUCUGUAGCACUGGAGAGCGGUUAGGCAGUGUGUCUGAGGCUGAGAGUGUGUGAGAGACUGUGUUUGUGUUUAUGCAGCAGAGACACAAAACAAAAGGACUGUCAGGUUGUUGCAGUUGGGUGUAUUAUUGGUCAGUUUGGGGACAGGGUUCAGAGAGGUUGGUGGACCACAGGAAGACAGUGACAUAAAGAGCCUCCUGCAAAACAAAGAGUGGAUGAUGUGUCCCACAGUGAGGAGUCAACACCAAACUCUGAGUAAAGUUUGGCUGAUUUAGAACAAGAAGGGCUGAGAAGUUCAUACUAUUAUUAUUACGUAUUUGAGCAUUAACAGAACAGAGACGUUUUUAUGUGAUUUUUAUGAGACUGAAAGCAAAGUUAAGUUGAUUUUAUUAAAAUUCGAGUUCACUCUGUACCAAACUUUUGUUUUUCAGAUGAAUUGGAGCAUCAGUUUAGCUCAGCUGUUAAAUCACCAGCCUCAUGUUCUAGAUUAUUGUUAUUAGAGAUGCACCAAUCCUGAAAAUCAGGACCGAUGCAGCUGUUUUUUGCAUGAUUUCUUUCUAAUGUUGUGUCUGGAUUUUAAAUCAGCUAUGAGGUUAGAUGUGUUUAAAUAUUUUCCAGUUCCUCCCUAAAAGUCUAUCUGAAACAUGUCCCACAUACUGAAUGUCUCGAUCUUUCUCUGAGACUGUGUAAUACCCUCAUACUGCACAUGUUUUCUUUCAUUUGGUCAUUAAUUAAAUCCAUUUGUACUGCAGGGGACGUCUUCUGCCUCAUAUAGAUUUCUUACAAAGAAGGUGUAAUAGCUCUCCAGAUUUACAUCGAUGUGAUGAAGAUACUACAUACUUCAUAUGGGCCAAUGCUAAUUCCAAUUAUUAUGAGUUCACUUGUAUUUGAUCUGGUUUAACAACAAAAACAGAAAAACUUUUUGCCAUAAUCUAAAUCUCAGAUGUUACAACUCCGACACAAAACUUUCUUUAAAUGCUUUUAUCAGCUCUUAUAUUAAAACAAAAAAUAUUAUAUAAAGGAGUUUACUGUUCAGAUACAGUAACACCACAGUGGUGUGACAACUAGCCAAUUAGAUAGUGUGAUAAUUGAGAGCAGGAGAUUAGAUCAGACAGAGUGGUUACAGCCAUAGUGGUACACUUAGAAUUAAUUAAUUUUAUUGACUGUCUGUUAAAUAAAAGGUUGAUACAGAUAAUCAGAUAAAUGCCCCAAUAAUCAGCCAGAGCUGAUAAUCAGUCUAGCCCUGACGCUACAGGAUGUUGAUAAAUUCUAGCUACUGACAUUGGUACAUGUAACAUGAUCUGCUGACAUAGUAUCAUUUUAAGUUCCACUCCGAUCGUUUUUUUUUUUUUUCACUACUUUAAGUGUUCUCAGUGAUCCUUAAAUUGUGAUAUGAAGUUUUUAGCCAAAAUCACCUUACCUGUGUCAUUUUCAAGGACUUUUCUUCUUCAGAGCUCCAGUAGCUCAUGAGUCGUGGGCGGAGACAGCGCUUCUCUGCACACUCCUCUUCAUGCUAGCUAGCAGCCUAAUAUUGCCGGUGUAGUAGAAGAAGCAGGUAACAUAGAAGCUUUUCAGUUCUCAGACACUCAUGUCUUUGGGGACAUGAUGAAAGUUAAUCUAACAAUUAGCUUUCUUACGAACAUUGCAAUCUGCUACCGCACACGCUUGUUCCGUGAUUGUCCUCUCUACUUCUCUGAGUCUGGCCUGCAUAGCGGGGCUCUGGGGGUGGUGUUUGGAUUUGCUACGUAGGAAAUCUCACUGUAUUUGAGCCUGCCGUUUGGGUCUGCCAGAGAUUCACAGCGAUUUCAAUACAGAAAUACUCAGAAAUGCAAUUUUUGUCAUGAUAUGUCCUGUAGCCAACAAGAAAACCAUGAUUUUAAUUGGAGUGGGUCUGUAACAGGGCCGAUUUUUGCCUAUACCAGUGCUCAACCAAUGCAAUCCCUUAUUCAAAUAUAUACCCAAAUAAUACAUUCAGAUUGAAACAAUUUUAAAAUGACCUGCACUUGUCCAUGUCUAUACUCAUAAUGUCAUAAUGGCUGCUGACCCCUUAAAUGAUAACAUGUUUUUUUUAAAUCAUUUAAAAUAUAAAGCUGUUACAGGAUAAGAAGUGAUAUAAAUUAUGUUGUUAAGUGUCUGCAGGUCAAUAUUAUUACCAACAUGAAUAUCACUCAUGUUCUGAAAUUGGCAGCAUUACCCAGUGUGCAUGAAAUGAUGGUGUCACUACCCUAAAAGUGUCGUAAUUACCUGAAGGCAGUAUUACAAACCUGCCACUGCUGACCUCCCCUCCAACUAUCUGGUAUCUCUUGACCAUAUCCAAAAUUAAGAUGCUUUUCUAUCCUGAAUCCACAAAAAUGAUCAUAUAUACUUCAAAUAGAAAUGCAGAUAUUGUCAGGCAGUCACUCUGGUGCACUUGUCUUUUUUACUGCUGUUUCACAGGUCAGUGUGUGUGUCAAAGCUUUGUGGUGAACUUGUCCUGUUGCCUAUUUUAAGAUCCUCUCCUCAUGUUUGUCAGUGGACUCAGAUGUAUGAAGGCUGGCAGCGAGGUAAGGCAGUGAAAUGUGAAACGAUGGAGGGAGCCGAGACGAAGGGACGGAGAGGGAUAGUUACAUGAAAGGAGACAAAGACCCACAGCUGACCUGGAAUGGUUGUCGUGGUGCUUUGUGUGUGUGUGUGUGUUUCCCUCCAGGCACACAGAGCCAUUAGCAAACCAUGGUCACCAUUUCACACACACACACACACACUGACACACACUUUGUAAGCAUGGAGGUGCCCUCAUGCGAGGUCACACCAACCAGCACUCUCUGGCUCCCUGCUCGCCAGAUGUGACUAAGAUUCACUUUAAAACAUCUCCUCCUUCAGGGGAGAGGAGAGGAGAAGAGGAGGGAGGGAGCCUAAAGGGAAAGAAAGAGUAGCGGUUUUUGGAGCAGAGGCGUUUGAGGGGUGAAGGGUUUUUUUCUUCUGUUUUGAGAAUCUGGUUCGACUUAGCAGAGCCCUGGAACACAUUUCAGAAAUUGCAGACAUAUUUUUUUGUAGCGGUUUCAGGGAGGAUAGUUAACCAGAAGUAAUUUCCAACACAUGGCAGCCGUCAUGUGAUAUUUUGAAAACACCAGGCAGACAGGCAGCUCCCCCCCCGCUCCUACCUUCGUCCUCCCCCCCUCCUUGAGAAAUCCUUCCUCCCUUACUGUUAACCUCUGGCCUCUUUAUUUUCUGCGCUGUGCCGCCCUCUGCCCCUCACGUUUGAUUCCCCCAUCUGUCUCUCAUAGGCGCUUAAUGCUAUCUCUCUGUACUUCAGCUCCCUCACCUCUUUCUCUUUCUAAAUCUCUGUUUUCCACAUCUGUUUUGCCUUUUCAUGUGUGUCUGUUUUCCUCCCCAUCACACUCAGCGACUGCACUCUCACUUAGCCUGUAUUGUAUAUCACUUUAUGCACCCCUUCCCUCCCUCGGUGCCUCUGUCUCUCUCUCCACAUAGUAAAAGAUAAGUGUCAUGUAAAACACGAGGGCCUUUACUGUCUGUUGAAAAUUGAUUUUUCGUCUUGAAGACAGGUAUAUGAUUCCUAUAAGCGCAGACAGAUACAAAUAGGCUAAGAGCAAGGGUUCCCGCUAGCUCGUAGUGAAAUAAAAGAGGCUUGGGCAUGUGUGCAUAUCAGUGUGAUUGAGUGGAAGCAUCAGUGGUUUUAAAUUGUGCUACAAGAGUCCAGCAGUCCCUGGAGAAUUCCUAUAAGUGUGUUCUUGAUCCACUUUUUCUCAGCUCUGGCAGCAGGAACGCUUUGCAUUCGCACGCCCAUGAGUGCAAGAGUAGACCACUUUUAGUGAGGCUCCCAAAGUGAGGUUGUUCUCAAAUACUAUGCCACAGUAUGCAUGUAGCAAAGAUAUUAAUCCUCAGCCACACAACAGAUACUGAAUCACAAUGGCAAGAAAGCUGGAGCACUAAAUGUGCAUGGAGCUUAGAGAAAUAAAGCCAUGUGUCGUCAGCGUAAGGAUGAAUGUUAAGUGUUUUGUGAGAGUCCUUUCCUGCUGGCACAGAGUCCUGCCUGGGAAAACACCCAGAUCCAUUUGGGUUCACUUGGCUCGGCAUCAGCAUGGCAUCAGAAAUGAAGCAAGCUGUAUACUGAAAGCAAUUUUCAACAGGCUGGCUCCCAUCAGACGGCCAAACAGGACUACUCACCAAAGCUUAUAUCUGCCUUCCCAAACAGCAACAUUUAUAUCGUCAUUUUGACAUAAUGUUAAUGAAAAUGACAGGCCAGCUUUAUCAAAAUAAACAAUGAUCCUGAUAGAUUUUCCAAACAUGUUGAUCCCUGCUCGGCCCAAAGCGGGAAAAUGUCUGUUCCUGCGUUGUUUAAUGCUGUGAUAACACAAAGCUCUCCCUUUUGUCAUCACUCUAUAUACAUCCACAUGUUUUUUCUUUACCUUUACCUCCCAAUGACUCCUUCACCCUCUCCACCCUCUUUUUCUGUUUUCUUCCCAGACUUACUCCCUGUGCCUGUCUUUAUUUUACAAGACCCUGUAGUUCAAUUUUCCCUGGCAACAAGAUGUGGCAGAAAUCUGUUCGUUUUGAAAGCUCGCGUAACUGGCACUGUGAAUCACUUUUAUUGUUCCUUAACACUUGCUUCCCCUCUCCUCUGCAAGAGAGACUUUAUUUCAACAGAUGGGCAAACCAGACAUUACUAUAAAUCCAUUUUUUCACAAAGAGUGAAGGACUUCUAGUGUUAUAAGCCACAUAUGUUUUAUUUUCCAGCGUGUGCAUACGUGUGUGCUUGGAGGUGUUUAAGAGGAUUUGUGUGUUCGGCUUAUGUAUUUUUCUGUUUGUGUGCAGACGUGCACGAUGCGUGCGUUCAUGUUUGUGUGGUGGAACAGAUGGUGUUCAGACCUUUGUGUGCAAUUGAGAAAUCUCCUUAUGUCUUUGCUGGCUUGACAAAGUGUAAACACACGAUGCUGCACCGAGAGGGAAAUACAGAUAUGGUGGGAAAUGGAAGUGUGUGAGAGCUCAGUUUUACAAUUCAACCCUUAAAGUCUCUUAUUCCUGAAAACAGGGCGGAAUAGUGUCAGGAUUAAAAGGACAGGACACUUGAAACUGAAGACAAAGAGCUAAGUGACUCCAGAGUGAUGCAUGAUGGGGAGGUAAUUAUGGAUCCCAAAUGGUGAUCAUACAGUAUAUGGACCAUAGACAGUAUAUACUAUGGGCAACUUGGCUCCGCCUUCCAUCAUUAUAGGAAUUUGAAGCAGAAUUGCCUUCGGUAUUUCCAGGAUUUUCUCCACUUCCUGGAACCACCACUUGCGCAGUUGCAUUGUACGCCUUCGACAGGAGAGUCGCUGUUAUGACACUCAGCUCAAACAGCGUAUCCCAGAGUGAGCCACGUAAACUUUGUAUGCCCAUAGGCUGUAUCAGGUGUCAAUCAUAGAAGACAUGAACCCCCUAAAAACUUUUAAAAAUGGAGCUGCACAGAAAAAAGAGGACUUGAGCACAAACCAGUCUUACAGUAACUACAUGUCAACAUCGUAACCAGGGGGGAGAAAAAUUUAUAUUCUGUGUAAUAAAUUUCUUAAGUUUGUCCACAGCUCUAUAUGGAUUGCUGGAGGAGGUGGGAUUUAUGAUCUAUACUGCAGGCUGUCACCAGAGGGUGCUGUUCUCAAAGUGGCUUUACCAAGGAGGCAAAUGGUGUCCAUUCUGUGUACAGUCUAUGAUAUGGACAGAUCAGGAACAACUGAUUCUUCAAGAACAACAUGGCAAGCAAAAAGUAAUAUGAUAUUUUCAUGAUCAUGGGGAGCCAUUAUUGUAAUCAAAAUUUAAAUCAGAUAAAUGUGAUAAAUUUUAAUCCAGAUCUGAUUGUCAGUGUGGGAAGCACCUGACUGUAAACCUGCAUGCUGUAUGAUUACUUCUUAUAUAAAACAGACUGUAACAACAAUGGGAUAUUAUUGCAGACUGUGUCCAAAGCCCUUCUUGAUCUAAAAUUGGUUGAGGUAUGGAAUGACUCCAGGAAUCGUCGAGGGUAAUGUUUGUACCCACAGCUUAAAGGUACAAACUGAUGAUGGUGCUGCUCUCUUCUGCAUCUGCUGCAGAGGAAAAUACAAAGAUGGAAAUCAGAUGAAUAUGUGUGUGUGUUUACGUGUGAGUGUGAGAGACUUGUGCUGUUUUGUUUUCAAUUUGUGCAUCCAGCUGUGGGUCUGUGUUUGCACUUGUGUGUGUGUUUGUGGUAGGGCGUUGCAUCCAUACAUCUUCUUGACAAGCGGGUGGAGUUUGAUGGGACAUGCUCUGCAUACUGCUCCAUCUGGAUGACUCUAUGUGUGUUUGUGUGCGUGUUUGUGUGUGUGCAUGCUCUAGAGGAGCAGGCUGAUGAGAAGAGGAGAGGGGUGACCACGCUUGCAUACCGAUGGAUUUCUCUUGUUUCUCUGCGUAUGCCGCCUGAAUCUAAAUCGUCCCACCUGUCCCUCAGCGGCGUUCUUUAACACAUCCGUUCUCCAGUUCUCUCCAUUUUUAUCCCUCUCCUGUGUCCGUCCCUCGUCCCUCUUUUCACAUCUGUACCCUGCACACAGAGCAAUCAACACAAGCCACUAUCACAGCAUCUCUGUAUCGCUUCAUCUAUUCCAUUACCUGUCUAUCCUGCUCACUCACUUCACACAUUGCUGUGCAGUGUGUGCGUGUGUGUGUGCAAAUGUGUGUGAGGGUAAAACACACCCAGAGGUACCAUCAUGCGCACACAUAGUCCUGUUGCAGACAUUAACGCUCCAUUCACAGGCUUCCUGCAGCUUCAGCGCUUAUGGUUUUCACUCUAACACCUACAUAUCAGUGUUUGCAUUGUGCACAUGUAUGUUUACUGCUGCGUGUGUGCGGGGCAUGAGCAGGUCAGUGCAUGCGCAGUUUUCCAUUUAACUUCAUAAUGAUGAUAUCUUAUGUCUGACUAAUACGAUCUUGCACUCACACAGGCACCGCUGCACCGUAAAUUGUUUAUGUCGCAGCCGCUGACUCUCUAAAAUUCGCCCAGCGUGAUUGAAAUCCAUUGUCGUUUUGAAGAAUUGGAUUUGCCUGUGUGAAGUAGUCUCGAGUGGGGUAUUACUGUCGCUGUUAUCACAUCAUUUUCUGGGCCUCCGACUGUACAAUCACAAUGCACUGACACGCAAUCAUGCAAACACAUACGCACACAAAGCAGCAAUCGCAGCCUAUGAGGUGUGUAAUUGAGAUGGUUUGCCGCUAUCUCCUGAUGAUCGACUUUGAAGUCAUUGUAGUGCCUGUGAAUGAUGGAAAACAUCAAGGUUAGGUGAUGUUGCCCCUGUUUCAUGAGGUGAUUUGAAUGCAGAAUGACCUCUUAGCUUUGUGAGGUGAUGAUGAAAUGCGUGGUUUUGAUAUUACAUUGUAUUUCUGCCUCGAGUUGCGGGUUAGCUAAGUCCUCUCUGUAGCGUUCUGAACUGUUUCUCAGGGACCGCAUUCCUUCUAGAUAUCUUUCAUUGCAACAACCUUGUUUUAGGCAAGUGAUGUAACUUGCAUGUAACCUUAGAAAAAAGGCGUGUAUGAAAAGUCAGCGGGGGGAUAAAAUCUCUUUUCUUUGAGCUCUGCUGAAAGAGGGUUACGAGCGAGAGGGGGAGAAAGGCGAAGGCAGACAGACAGACAGAAGGAAAGAAAGAGAGAGAUUUUGCAAACAUUGAGGAUCACGUAAUCAUAGGCGAUGCAAACGGCUGAUGUAAGAGUGAAGACAUCUUUGUGAGUGGCAGGUAGUUGUCCAGGGUUCUGCCUCAUUUCUAGGAGCACUUGAUGCGCCUGAGGGGAGAUUGUGAGGAGAUUAGAGAUGUAACAAACAAGAGCGAAUCUACUUUUGCUUCUUAAUUAUCAGCGAGGUUUUGACCAUAAGUUUUAAGGGAUAUUAAGCCAGUUAGUGUGAUUUUGUCUCUCAAGAGAAGACAACAAGAACUCUGCAGUUUACAAUGCCGUGUUUCGAAUGUGGAUUCGCAACCUGGGGCUUCGUAAACUUCCCUUGUUCUAUUUUCUUGUGAAAUAUGGAGAAAUUCUCCCCCUUUAGCCAACUCGAAGCUUUCAAACUCCACAUCUUUUGAUUGAAGCACCCACUCUGCAAAGACUCGCAAUCUCUGACAAUACAAAAAGAAAAGCAUUGUUUGGCUGUGAAAGUGUGUUUUGCUCCAAAAGCUUUCUCACUGUGCAGCACUGUAACCUCUGACUGCAGAUAAAGAUGGCUGACGCAGAGAAGUAAUGCCAGGUUUCUCUUGCAAUGAGCUCUGACAUCCUUGGCUUUAAGAGCUUGAGUCUGCACAGUAGAAAACCCUUUUCCCAACUCUAGUAUUGAUGUCCUGCCCCUUUCCCUAAAACUCACAUUUAACAUGAGAAUGAAACAGCCACAGGGUAAAAUCAGGGACCCUAGAAUCAAAUUUUAGACUUUAAAACAGAAUUUUCUAGAGUUUCCCAACACAGUUGAGGACUUUGGUGCCAUUUUUCGGUCAGUUAGUGUGCAAAAUAUUUGGCUUGUUUAAAUCUAGUCAGAUUUUUAGGAUUUUACCCAGCCCAAAUCAAUGAUAGUAAAGCAGAUGCCAAAUCACUCAAAGGAAAAGUGUUUUAAUCCAAACUUUUAGUGACAAACUCUGUACUGGUGUUGGAUAAGUGAACUGAGACCUUUUAAGAUGAUAGACUUUUAGAUACUGUUAAACAGCCUUAAAUGGAAAAGUGCGCUUCUUUGGCUCCUCUCGGGUCUGUUUUCACUCACCCCUCUGUCUCGCCUAAUGACCCUCCCACAACACCAUCUGAUUGGUUAGCCAUCACAGGACUGAUACGCAACUGUAUAAUAAUUGUAACUGAAUUUGCUGAAUUCUUAAUCUUUACCACAGUUGCAUAUUGUUUCCAAAGCAUAAGCCCCCACAUCAAAUUCAGACACUCAUCUAUUUAAAAGAAGAUUCCAAUGAAAUAUUAUGAGUUAAAUGCAAUAAUCAGAAGUAGUUUUAGCUAAAGGCAAAGUGAGGAGUUUUAAUUGGUUUUAAAACAGAGUGAACUCAAUACUGACGCUUCUUUAUGACCUACAAAAGUGAACAAGCCCACCACCAGCAGGAACACUGACACAUUUUUCCUAUAACUGUAAAUGCCGGAAACUCAUGUUAGUGGGGAGGGGAAUGAAAAAAACAGGGAUCCUUAAAUUCUUGCUAAAAUCAACACUUAAAUAGAAUAAUGUCACCAACUGUAGCUUUAAUGACUAAUCAAGGCUCUCAUUGAUAUGUGGGCGUAAAAAAAUCAUGAUGCAAACUAUUUAUAGUGAUAGACACCGUGAGUAUGUCUGCAAAGGGGGUUUGUAUUUUAAGUUUAAAGUUCGACUCAUGUCCCAUCUGUCAACAUGGAGGAGGCAAACAGCCAAAAGGAUCUUCAAACCUUUUCAGGAGCUGCGAAGUCGUAUUUUAUGAUGGUCAGAACAUCUCCACUCCUGUCAGUGUUCCUGUCAUUGUAAUCCUAAUACAGACAAAGCAAACAGGACUUCACCCCUCAUGGGAGCUCAUAAUUUAGCCAGAUAUGAGUGUAAUUACCUCUGACACUUGUAUGAUAGCUUGGUAACAGUAUGCCAAACUCCUAUAAUGAGGUACCACUGCAGCGCUGGAAUCCUCAUGGGUUUCAGUCUCUUGGAGCCCACUUAUACUGCAAACAUUUACGCUAAGAGCACCUUUACGAUGCUCCAGACAAAACCACACUCUGCGAAAGGCUGUUGCAAGGCAUUAAUCACUGUCAUCCAUACGCAUGAUCAUCGAUAGCUUUAGCACCUAGAGCGCACGAGUGAAUCAACACACGUCUGAGAGCCUCUUCUCUUCCUUUACGGCUAAUUGCUGCCUCUUCAACAAGCGUCCUCAUCCUCUCCCGUCCAUUAAUGUCUGGACAACAGCACUUCUCAGAAGUCGUAAAGCCAGUUAGACAAAGUCAAAGCACUUAUCAAACCCUUUCCAUUAGAGCUCCGCACAUCAAUAACCCGCCCAGUGUUGGAAUAGCAUCCAUCAGCUAGCCGCAGCCUUGGUUUAGCUACAGUUUGCGAUGAUGGCGAGCUAAAGGGGCUAAUAAAUGGACAAUAGAUGUGCAUUAAGUUCGGCCAUUAACUUUUAACAGACGUAUUAGGCUGGAGGAGACUUUGUUUUCAAGGUUGUUUAAGGUUGCUUAUUCAGGUGGUGCUUUUUUAAAUUGAAUUAUGCAUGAGGCAGCGAGUGCUCGCUAUUGUUGAGCCUUGUUCUACCGCUGUAAUAAAAUGAGGGCUUGCCUGUUGACGUCUGCACAUGUAUUUUUUAUUUUUCGAGAUGCACAAAAGAGUUCCGUCGGCUCAUGAAAAUGUAUGGCACAUUCACAUACAUGCCCUGAGCUGUUUUCAGCAAUGUGCUCCAGUGGUAAGAUGCAGUUUUAUUUUUCCCAAAGACUGGCUAAAUUACCUUGCAGAGGGUGUAUUGCUAUUGAUUCAAUUGGCAGAGUAACUGUUAGUGAACGGUCGGGUGCAGACCUUGUUGGUUAGAAUGAAGCCAUUGAUUUUAUUCUGUUUAUAUGCUUUGCAGUGGUCUCAAUCAUAUUAGAAACUGAGAAGAUGCUGUGUGUAAAUCGUGUGUGUGUGUGUGUGUGUGUGUGUGUGUGUGUGUGUGUGUGUGUGUGUGUGUGUGUGUGUGUGUGAAAUAAAAGCAGAGAAAGAGAGAGGGAGCAUGUUCCUGCCUGGGUGCAUGUGCAUGUAUUUGCUGUAUACAUGGAUUUCACACUCUAUCCUUCAUCUUCUCCCCCUGAGGGACUGUGGAGUCUGAAACGCUUUCAGGGUUUACGUCUCUCUCAUCUCCUCUGACUACUGCCGCCCAAUCAUAACACUGACCCAGGUGUUAAUCCCCAAUUACAAGCCUGGAACUAAACUCAUCUUUUCAUGCUGCCGCAGGGUCUUCGGCUGCACGCUUGACUCCAGAUGGAUCACCAGUUUAUGCAUUUGUGCUGUUUGAUCCCUUUUAUGUUUCAUAUUUAUGUGCUUUGAAUGAUCUUGUUAACUUUUAUAUAUGGCACGGUAGGGACAACAAUGCUCUGUUCUUUUUAACCCUUUGGUUUCCAGUAGGAGAUUAAAAUAUUUCUGUCAUUUGGAAACCCAAUCUCAUCAUAGAUUUUGUACUGAAUGAGCUACACAGAAGCUUUCUACAAAUAUAAAAAUGAAGCAGUGCAGUAGCUUAGACAGCUUUUAUUUUGAAACCAAACCUUCUAAAUUAGCCAUAAUGAAUUCUCAUAAAAUUCUCAUAAAACAAAGAAAAAACUUAUUUUAAUACCAUAAUGUAUGUUUUCACUUCUGCUUACUCGUAAUGACUUUCCAAUACAAUGUUCAGACUCUGUGCAAAAACUGCAGCUCCCUUCAGUGUCACUUGUUGCAAACAGCUUAGGAAACUCCUUUAGCUCCCAUUUCAAUGUACAUUGAAUGCAUGGCUUUACUCACUGACAGUUGGGCGUGUUGUUGGUAUGUGCAAGGAGGCUCCAUUUGGUUGGUCCUUUUUUUUUGUUUUGUUGGGAAGGUUCCUUACUUGGUGAAACAACCUGUUUGUGUUUUAGUGUCAGAAAUGUCAAAUUAUAAGAGGAGCCACAUUGUCUCUCUUUAUAUGUCCCUUUGCACAUGAUACACUAGAAACAAGUGAAAGAAAUAUGAUCCAUAAUUAUUUGCGCCAACUACCAUCAAAGUUAAACCCUUCUCCAUCAUGCAUGUCAACUGUGUAUGAGAACAAGCGAUUAAGUAAUUAUUUUCACUUCUUCAGUCUUGCAGUUUAUGUGGUUAAUGAGAGGAGGGGAGAUGAAUGAAACUGAAAAUGAAUCUGAGGAGAUAAAUUGACAUUACCCCAGAGAAUAAUGCUUCAGUCAUCUCUUAAAAUCCCCCUUUUCCUCUAGAUUCAUUCUUAAAAAGCUCGUUAUCAUCUGCUUUGCACUUUUCAGACUUCUGAAGUUUAGUAUCUGAUUUCAAAUUACUUUGUGUUCAUGUGAGACAUUUGAAAUGUCAACUUUUCUCUCAAAGUUGAAAACAUAUUAGGUUGUUACAGGAUGAUUUGGAUCCGAUUUGAGUCCUACUAUCUCACAAUAGGACGUGCAAACUGGGCCAGGAAAGACCCCAUAAUAACAAAGUCAACAAACAGAACCAGUUCAAGCAUGAGCUCAAAGAUCCAGAGAAACAGCGUAAGUAGAACCAUGUGCGAUUUGCUAACUUCUCUGUAUUUCGCUUGGGCUUGUUGAGCGUCCACAUGCAGGCUCUUUGUGUUUGACUGGAAAAUGAUGAAUUACCCUGGGCCCCGUCGCCCGGCCGUCAUUUUUAAUGACCUUUUAUUUUCACAGAUCAUAUUUUAGGCAGGCACACAGGAUAUGAUAGCUGGCAGCCUGAGGUAAGGCUAUAUGUUUCCACUGGCUGUUCACUGGCUGUAUCCUGAGUUUAUAAAAUAAAUAGUCAGGUCCAGACUCUUUUACUGUGGUGAAAUUAGAGCAGUAAACCUUUCUGUGUCUUGCCAGGUUGGGCGCAUGCAGAAAUGGUGAGUGCAUGUGUGUGUUUUAAUAUGUGUGUGACAGAGAAAGAGGCAGACAUGCAGCACACUGAGUAGAUCUCCAUAGAUUUGGAUAGUUGCUUUUUUUCUCUCUAUUUUCCCUUUAACUCUGACUCUUCUGUCACCUUCACUUAUCCAUCCUCUGUUUUCCAAAUCCUUCUCCUUGUUUCCCUCUGAUCACCACUCUGUAGGUGAUCCAGUUCCAAGUUCCAGUAUCCUGAGGAAAUGUGACAUAUGUCGUACUAUAAAGUGUCCAAUGAAAGAGGGAAAAGAUGUUUGUUUCCAAUACUGUUUCUACUUCAUCUGUAGGGCCAGGAUAGGCAGCAGAGCCCUUCCUGUUACUCCUGUAAGUCAAUGUAGAGAAAAUUUCUCUGAACUUCAUCCUGAUCAGCUUGUGGGAGACUGUAAUGCUGAUCAAUACUUUUCAUACACGCUGACAACUUAGCCUAUAUUAUGCUCGGUUUAAUCAUUGAUUCCCCUACUCCAGCCAGUACUAGAACCACCUUUUUGUUUUUCCCCUUUCAUUUAUUAACAUUUAUUUGACAAGUGUUUUUCUACUGCUUUUAAUGAACAAACCUGAAAGCAUUACAACAUCAUAUCCCGCUGUUUUAUCUUGACCGUUAUGUGGAUGUGGCAUUUAGGUGAGAGUGAAAGAAAAAUCUGUUGCUUUUCUGAGCUGUGCUUGCACAAGCGUGUUAGCAACUGCACUGUGCUUAAGUCCAACUUUUCCAACCGUGCCAUUGGCUGAACAAACUGGACUUUGGGUGCAGUUCCUCAGGUGUCCACUUGGUGCUAGCACAAAAAGUGGCCUAGAGUUAGACAGCCAGCAUUUCCAUCUAGCAACAGCCAAGUAAGUUAUGCAUAACACCUCUUCUGAAACAAAUACCUGAUGUCAGUAUGACUGCGUACAUGUAUUAAACAGUCUAGGGUCUCUUUGCCACACUCAGUAUUUCCAUUGUCUUCAGCAAAUAGCCAUUAGGAUAGCUGCAGCAUGCAUGAUUAUAUGCAUGACUUUGUUUAAUGCAAAGGGACAUAAAGCACCCCGCAGUCCUGCAACUCACUGACAGUCAUCUUUUGAUCAUGCCACUUUGAGUACUUUUAACAGAUAUUUUCAUACAAGUGAGGCAAAAAAAAAAACCUCUCUCAACACCAACUCCUCAAUCAGGUUGUUAUCAAUGGCAACGUCUCAGGAGUCUUAGCCAGGAGCCUUUAAUCACUGCGAUAAGUUGGCUUUCCUCCCCUUCGAGACCAUAUCAUUGUCUGACAUCGGUUCCAAGGUUGCAAACGUGGUACAAAGUAUAAACGUCAGUGCGUUGGCAGUGGUUUUAGUUUGGUAUGAACAGCUUGUGUCUUGAAAAACAUCAAUCUUGCCGUGAUGUCUUUCUAUAGACUGUUUUGCUGUAAUAUGAAAGUAAUUCCUGUUGUGAUUGUUUCAUUCAUUGGCAUUACGUCCCUUCUUUUCAUUAUUCAAAGGGUCAUCACACAGAAGAAACAAAAGUGACCCGAACCUUCAAUCUGGAACUAGAUAUAUAGAGCCGCUCUCUGUUUAUAAUUUCAGAGACAUCUCCAUCCCUCACUCGCCAGCCUGCUAAAGCCGAGCUAGCGUGACUAAAAUGCUUAGUCACAGUUCACCUCGGCAGCAGACAGCCACAGAGCUACUGUGGCUUGAGCCAAGCUAACAGGCUUAGGAUAUCCUGUCUCUCUCACAUCAGAGUUUCUCUUUCAUGUCACCUAAACUUAACGCUGAGGAGCCAAGCUGUUACCAUAGAGGGUCUCUUCAAACACACAUUCACAGAGCCUGUAGUGUAAACACUUGAAGGGUGAUAAUAUAAAAAGAGCUGUAAUUAUAUGCAAAAUAUAAAACUGCAUAACAGGAUAUGAAAAACAUAAACACACUCUUUGGUCUUGGGAAAAAUUCGUAAUAGGAACCACCCUUUUUUCUGGAACAUUCCCCCUUACCACCCUGGUCCCAGUGUAUGUUGUUGCCUGAUAAGUGUGAGUUGAGCUAAAGCACAUGCCCUCGCUGUGAUUACAGUUAUACAUGAUCCCAAAGUCACAGGUUGCAGUUCUGUUUCUUUUGCAGCUCCUCCCUUCCCUCCUUUCUCCUUCCAUCCUCUUUCCUCUCCUUCCUCCUUUUUUUUGGAUUAUCUCUUGUUCACAAUGUGCAGAAUGGUUGUUGAUAACAGUCUGUUAGCUCUGGGAUAGUUUUGUUACUGCCCGUACUGAGAAAAGUUGUGUAUCUUAUCCUGCAAAUAUGGGCUUAACCCUAAUAAAACGGCAAGAUUAAGCUUUGUUAUUUUUCUCACACACUAGCGGGAUCCCUUACUGGCCCAGCACGAUGCAACCGAACAAGACAAAAACAGGCAAGAUCUGCGAAAAUAUCACGUUCAUUUGAUUUUAAAGAUUAUUUUGAGACCUUUAGUGCCUUAUUCAGAAGGUAGGAUGGUUGAUAAAGCAGAAAGCUGGCAAAUGAGAGUGGAAAGGUACCAUGGGACUGAUUUCGACUUGGGCUGGCUGCAUUAAGGACUAUGUCCAUAUAAGGUUCAACUGUAACUCCUGAAAAUUAUUCUGAUAAUGUUUUAUGCAUCAAAUUUCUUUCUAAAAAAAACAAAUUUCAUCUGCAAAAUAAACAUAAUAUUCACACUGAUAUAUUGUGACUUGACUCAGUGGGGCACCAAUAUUAAUUCAUCAUGAUGAACAUGAUUUGGCCUACGGUUGAGAUUUGGACUCUACCAACCAAUCACAAUAACAUUUGUUGAUGAUGUUGUUGUAUCUGCCUUGAAGACAUGAUUAAAACACUUGAUCCACGAUACAUAGUGCCGUGUAACACUUUUGCAUCACAGAACAAAAGCUGUUGUACCUAAAGCAGUGUAUGUUAGAUUUUUUUUUUUUUUUUCAUGUUCUUUAAGAUGUAGAAAAAUUAGUGUUUGAUAACUUUUGCACUAUUUGGCAUUACAGAAAAUAAUCUGUCGAACUUGAGGUUCUGUUUACAAUAUUCAGUUUAUAAUUGUGUUCUUGAAGUGAAUAAUUAUUGUUGGCAACCUUUUUACUGUUUUUGCCAUUUGCGUUAUGGAAAACCUCUUUUACCUCAAGUACUGCUUACAAUAUCCACUUUAUUUUUGUUCUUUUGCAAUUGUCGUUGACAACAUUUUCUCUAUUUUGUGUUAUAGAAAACAGCCAGUUGUAUUGUGUUUAUUCAAAGUAUCAGCAAUGUCAUUUGUUUGUUUGCACUAUUUUGCACCAGAGUGCUGAGUUUUAAUUUUGAGUUUUGAGAUUUGCAAAAGAAAUGUUCUCAAAAUUACAAUACGUUUUUUGUUUGUUUGUUUUUUUAACAAUUUGGCUUGGCUAGGGAACAAAGUAACCCAUUCAGAAACACCUCCAUUAUAAUUUUUGCACUUUUUACACCAUUUUAUAUUGUGUUAUAUACUGUUAUAUGAUGUGAAUUUUAGGUUAUAUUCCCAAGCACAAGUUGACACCUACCCCCAACCACCAGUUUCUGGUCUCAAGAAUAACAAUAUAAAAACCCUGCAGACAUGUGACUGAUGUUAUUGUUAUUUUAGUUUAGUUUUCAGUUUUAGGUCACAGAAAAACAUUAAUUUGAAUUACAGUUUGUUCCAUGAAGUUUCAAAAAUAAUGUUCACAGGAGCUUAAUGCAAAAAAAGAAAAUGAAUGGUGAAUUAAGUCAUAUUGAUCAGGCAGCUAACCAUACAAUCUCUUUAUUCAUUGAUAAUUUGUUUUCUGGGAGUCAAACCUGAACUUAUGAUUAUCUGAGCAUAACUUGGCAUCAAUAACUGUUUCUAAAUUAAACCUCAUUAAGUGAUUUGACAUCUUCCAUGAUACUUAUACAUAUUGACUUAUAUUGCAAACUUCAUCAUGUUAACAAUUGGCAGUCAUUUUGUCCAGCCCUAGCGUUAUCCAUCAAAUUUCUGUCGGGUAUUGAGAGAAUGAUUGGCUCUUGUUCUGAGUCUGUUCUUAUUUUGGACAACCUUGUUUAUAGCAAACAGAUGUGAAUAUAGGAUCCAGAGUUAUGAGCAUUAGGACAAUGCAUGUGUAUGCGUGUGGGCAUGUGUGGGUGUGAGCACUGCAGUUGUUAGCAGUGGAAGAGGCUGUUUUGUGCAGCAGGUUUGCAGGAUGGCACAGAUGGUCGUGGAAUGAGAUUUAUGUUCCUCUCUAGAGUGUCUGUCUGCCUGUCUUUGGGUCUCUCCUUUAUAUCCUCCUCAUCUCCCUUCUCACAGCUUUUGCAAAUGCAUCAGCGUCACCAAGACAUGUAGACAUAUUAGCCAUCUACAUUUCUCGGACAAGUCUGCCUCACAGGCACUUUGAUAUCAAAUGAAAUCCUGCUGCUGUAUAUGUGCAAAUGAAGAUAUAGCUCCUGUCUUGGCGCGCAGAUGUGGGAUACGCAGCUUUCAGUUGUGGUUUUUUUCCCCGAGUGAAGUUUUCAGCCGGUAUACAGCUGUACAUGUUUUAAAUUUUUGCCUGUUUCGCUUGUCUUCCUUCAGAUCGCACUGGGAAGCACUCCACCAUGCCCGACUCACCUGCGGACGUCAAGACACAGUCCAGGUUGACCCCCCCUACCAUGCCGCCCCCACCCAGCACACAGGGAGCACCUCGCAACAGCUCCUACACCCCAACCACAUGUGAGUGAAGACAGGUUUAUAGCUCUGCAAUAAGAGGGGAUCAAUUCUCCUUAACUUCUAGACUAUUGUUAAACAUUUCACUGCAACAUAAUGCUUUAUUUUUGUCUUUUUUUAGUCUGCCUUCGUUUCUAACCUUGGCAAAUGAAAUCUGGCACACUGCAGGUGCUGUGACUGAAGUAUAGCAGAAAAUCUCUCUGUAUUAGAUUGGAUGUAUUGGAUUUGAUCUCACUGGAGCAACAGCACAUCACUAAUCUUUACUCUGUGUUAUGUUGAGACAGAUUUCACUACAAUGUUAGUUGUUGUUUUUUUGUGCUGGUUUGAAAGAUUUUUUUAAUGUUUGAAUGCUUUUUAUAGACGGGCAAAGUCAAAAUAGACAUGCCGAUUAUCUUGAGCGAAGCAGAGUUGGGUGACACCUCUCUGAUGGAGCGAAGACGCCCCACGGCGCUCUCUGUGGAAACUCUAGUGCUGACUAUAAUGAGCACAAUUAGCUCAGACUGUGUGUACAAGAUUCCUUUUAUGAGACCAUGUUUUGUGUGCUGCAUGAGCGCCUUCUACUGGAGAGAAACAAAGUGUGCUCUAAGUGCAGUGUCAAUCUCUGCCAACAACAGUCAUUUUUCCCUCAUGAAGAUGGCACUUAACUGUGAAGAAUGUUCAAGAGAACCUCCAAAUCUGACAUCAAACACCUUUGUAAUAAUAUGUGAUGUAUGCUGUGUGUAGAAACAACAUUUAUCUCUGUGGUGUAACGACACUAUCCCACAGUUAGCUAGAUUAUUGCGCAUUACUACUACAAAAGUGGCUGUAAGGGGCUGAGUGUGCUUCUCCAAUCAGAAUAAACCGCAUGCAGAGCUAAAAGAGAAUGUUUAUAACUCCUCUGUCACACAUGGCAAGAAGCAGCAUGCACAACCACCCUGCAAACAACUUAUAAUUAUGUGUGUGCAAGUUGUUUUCCUGUGCACACGAGAAAAAAGUUAUCACACAGCAGGACUUCAGGGGCCCUGCAGGUUUUGGACAAGUCUUUGUUAUGAGACGCACUGAUUUCUGGAACCAGAGGGAGGGUAAGAGGAUAGCAAACUGGCAGGUGCAUCUGACUGUAUAUAAGACCAAAGUCACGCAAUACCACAGCAAAGCAGCACUCUGAAUGACGGUGGAUUUACACAUUUUCUUAUUCUUAGGAAGACUUUCCAACAACAUCAAUCCUUCAACAUGCCAAGAGCGCCUUAACAAGUUGCCUUUUCAAAUCGCAGGCAUCCAAGCAACUCACCAACAAGUUCAUUAACGCCCACGCUUACAAACUGCUGGAGCUUUGCCAUGACGCGUACAUCGCCUGUGACAAGCAAAUUACACCCCAGUAUUCACUCAGAAGUGCAUACUUAACCACUCGCAUGAAGGGCCCUAGAAUCGAAGGCCCUGCGGUUCAGAACUCUCAGAGCACUCAAGCCUGCAUUAAAAGUGCUGGUCCUCUGCAAUCUAGGCAUUAUUUCCCUCAAUCACUGCCUCUCCUCAUCUUCCUCCUCACUGUUGUUUACUUUCUCCCUCUCUUUGUUUCCGUCUGUCCGUCUUGAUUUUUCUUUUAAACACUCGCACUCCACAAUUAACAUUUAGGCUUCCGUGCAAGGAGGGAGGAAAGGCCCCGGCUCUCUCAUUACGCAUGCCGAAGGUUUUAACAAAGCAGUUCGCUUUGAUUUCCACCCGACGUAAUUGUUAGCAGAUGCAGUUUGAGUAUCUCUCUUCUCUCCUCUCUCUUUACAGCGGCGGCAUUGGACGGCGGCCAGAGGGGGAGUGAGUGGAUCACUAGUCAAAACCUAAUCUCAUUAGAGGGAAAGCUUUAUGCCGCCGUGUAUCUCUUUGUACACAAACUGCCCCCAACACACACAAACAUGCUCACACACACUGUUCCUGUGCUCAGGCGCGAUGGGGGGUCGGACUGCCCGACUUGUUUAGACUGCACGGAAGCAGGGAGGGAGAGGAGGAGGGUAAAGGAGGCAACAUGUCUCAGAAAUAUGUUUUUAUGAGAGGAUCAAACGGGCCGCCAGGAUUAGAAACAAAUGUGGAGGGUGGUGGAGGUUUUCAGGGGGAUGAAAAUCAGUCAAAUCAGUGAGUUGAAAUCAAAAGUUUGUUGUUUCUUUUGUUGUUGUGGAAGAGAGACGUGCUGAUUUCUGUUUAUUUGAAUAAAUUCCUCAAGUGUACGAAUAAAAGCAAUUACCUUACAUGAUCUGUUUCUAAUAUUAUUCAAAUUUGGAUUUAUCAUCAGCUUGUGACUGAAACUGAAGCUUUUAAUUGAUAUUUUCCAUGCUUGCAUUUCUGUUGCUUUAUUCCUGCAUUGUCAAACUAUGCUUUUAUUUUAUGAUGCAUCAAUUCUGGUGGAUACAGAAGUGAGUGAUAUCAGAUGGAAAGUUAGAAAGUACAAAUGUUCGACUGAUUAGUCACCUGAAGAGACACAAGCUCAGACUGUUUUUUAGGAUGCACAAUAAAUCUGUUUUCAGAGAAAUGCUACAGUCGACUUACAAGCAGCUGCUACUUAUUCUUCAUCUAUUCUCUGUUUUAGGAGAUGUAUCAUGUGGUCAGAUCAGUUUAAAGAGAGGGGCUUUUUAGGAGUAAUAUAGUUGCUAUCAUUUUUAAGUUUCAUAAAGCUUUGGUUAUUUUAAAAGAACUUUUGGUUUGUCUCAAUUUUAGCGCCCCCUGUGGACAAACCUAUCUUUUAUUAUCUCGGCCUCUAAAUGCUAACAUACCAAAAAAAAAAAACUUAAAUCAAGCAAGAGGAGAUAAAUCGUCUCAAUCCCUCCUGUGUGUUGAUGUUGUUCUGUCCUUUCUCGUUUUUCACAGUAACUAAUGGCAGCAGCCACUCUCCUACGGCUCUCAACGGUGCUCCAUCACCCCCAAACGGCUACAGCAAUGGUCCCAGCUCCUCAUCCUCAUCCUCACUGGCCAAUCAGCAGCUGCCGCCGGCCUGCGGCGCCCGGCAGCUCAGCAAGCUGAAGCGUUUCCUCACGACUCUGCAGCAGUUCGGAAAUGACAUCUCACCUGAAAUCGGCGAGCGAGUCCGCACAUUAGUGCUGGGACUGGUGGUGAGUGGCUACUGUGUGAGCAAGUGUGUGUGUGAGCCAGUGUGUGUGCGUGUGAGUUUAAAGGGCUCAUGGAGGGAAAGUCGACACCGGCCCUUAUGUUUGCAGGACUAACUCAAUCCAUUAGAGGCCUAUUAGAGCAUAAUUCUGAGCAUUUGUUCUGCAUGUCUGGGGGACCAGAUGGAGGGGUUUACUGCAUGAAAAGUUUAAAAGAUAAAUACUUAAAAUACUUUGAAAUACUUAGCGCUGAUUAGGAAAAAACCUCAGGGGUAUUUCUCUGAGGCUUUAUGAUUCUCUCAUACCAGAAACCUUACCCAUCUGGACCCUCUGGCAUGAGCGUAAAAGAAACACUUUUGCAGAUCUCUGCCUCAAGGACUGAUAUCCAUCAGAACCUUGCAGCCUUUAAUUCAAUGCCUCGCAAAACAAUGGCAGUGUGUUGUCCUCAGGGACGAAGAAUAACAUCAAAUCAGGGGACCUAUUUCUUUAUGCACCUGUAGCUUUUUGGAUUAGAUUUACUCAAAUUCAAAUUUAACACCCAAUAACACAGGAAACCAGGAGCACAGGGUGGAUUUUUAUGCUUGUUGCUUCUGCAUUAAACUUGCCAAGGUUAUGCAGGUUUAAAAAACAAAGUACACCGAAGCAAUUAUCAAACCUUUUUAAUUUAUUAAGCUUUUAAAUGAAUAUUUUUGCCAGGAAAUAAAGGGCAACUGCAGGUUUAAAAUGAAGCGUUAAAAGCAUCACUAAUAUGGCAAAUGAUUCACCUUGAUAGUACUCAGCCUUAAAGUAUUCAGAUGCUAAAUUAGAAUUUAUCUGAAUUAACUAGAAAAUGCAGGAGAUAAAAAGUAUGCAUGCAAGGAUUUCCAUUAGGAGAAUUUUUGUGCUUCCUUCCUCAAAGAUUUGGCAUUUGCAAAAAUAAGAAAAAUAUGAUGCAAAUCAAGCUCACAAAUAUCAAAAUACAUCCAACCAAGAGAGGUUCAAUGAGGCAGAUGUGUGUCUCCGGCUUAGCUGACAUGCCUAUAUGAAGGCUAUAUAAAGAAAAAACAUGUGCAAAUCUACAGAUUUAUCACACGCCUGUGAGCUCAGAGGAAAUUUGAGCAUAACGAGAGAGGGAAUACAGAAAUAGUGAUUGAAUGUAGUGCAGAAAAAAAAGAGGAGGCGGAGGAGAUGGAGGGAGGAAUUUUUUUAAUUAGCCUCACAGAGCAUAGCCUCCUUUUGGCUUCACUGUGUUUAUUUUUCUCACCGUCUGCAUAUGCACAUGCCUCUCCUGUGUCAUUUUGGCUUGCACCCCCCCCUUCUCCUCUCCUCUUCUUCCUCUCUGUCUCCCCAUCCCUCCCCCCACCUUAUUGAAAAGAGUGACACCGUUAAUUAGCUGGUUUGUGUGCGGCGGAGAGGGAGAGAGGGAGACUCAGGAGGUUUCACUAGCUGUCAAGAACAGCCCCUACGCAAUCUGGGCGAACAGAUGUAAGGCUGAAUGUAACAAAAUUCAGGUCUGGGAAAUAACGCCGACUGUGUGGGGAGGAAAAAAUAAUAUCUGCUGCUUUUUUUAUGUUCUCUUCCACGUCUCGCUUGAUUUUUUCCUUUCCUUGUUUGUAUGUUUGCUUGUUAUGGAGCAGACUCUUCUCCCAUGUGAACGCUCCUGCUCACUCUCGUACUCCUCUGCACUCUCUGAGCAGCUCCUGCUCCAAUUAAAAUCAGUGUCACCGCCAUGUUGUCAGACUUUAAUGUGACGUACAGGUGAGCAAAGGAGGUGAGACAGAAGCGAGGCUCUGUUUGGGUGUGGACGAAUGACAAACUAAUGUGAUGCGUAACCUACUUUAGACCCCCUGCUGCUCCAAACACAGUCAGGAUGUUUACAUGUGGUUUAGAAAAUCAAAUUAGUCAGUUAACUUGACUUAACUAACUUGAACUUUUGAAGUAUAUGUAAACACCUGGGUCUGGCUUGCCAAGCUUCUCAUAGCCAGGCUGACAUAACAUGAUAAUACAGAUGGGAUUUGAUUUCCUUUUGAUGCCUAUGUUAGACUUUUACCUGUAAAUAAACGUAAAUAAUCUGGACAGUAAAGAGAACCUGAUUGGAAGAAGUAGGAACGUAAAAAAGACAAAGCUGUCAUAUCGUAACUACAAAAAGCGAGGUGCUGUUAAGUCGUUCAACAUUAACCUAUGAGCCUCUUGGUAACCUGUUUGUCAAUUGUUUUGGUAUGUGGCGCCAUAGGCCAACUGCAAAACAAGCAGUAACGCAGUAAAAAAAGGGUUUUGUCCUAGCCUGUGACACUCAUAUAUUCAUUUGCACUCAUGGCUCAGGGGCGCCCUCUCUCAAUAGUACUACAUAUACUUACAUUCUGGCUUUCCGAGUAUCUGAGAGAGACAUUCAAGAUUAGUUGCAGAACUGUGUAAAAAAAAAUUUAUCAAGGUUUUGUUCACCAGUUAGCUUGCCUAGCAACACAUUUAUGUUAUUUGAGUUUAGGCCAGUUUCAGUCUGAUUGAGUCGUGUACGUGACAGAAAAUCCGUCCCGAAUUGCACAAUCCAGGUUCAUUAGUCCGGCUAUGAGAAGUUUGAUUUAGAGCGCUUUCAGUCAGAUUAAUGUGUUAACAUGAACUUUAAAGUCCAGUUUCAGUCAGACUAAUGCAGCAAAUUGAUCUUUUUGAAAAACAUAUGAGAAGUCCUUCAUGGGUGAGUGCUCAUAUCUCUUGUUGUCAUUUUAUACUAGCAGCAUAAACUGCAAAAUAAGCCUCCCGCUCAUUGUUAUGCACUCAACACAGCGUCAAAGUGUUUACUGAACCAACCAGCUGCAGCAAAGUACAACUGAGCGCAGGCUUACAUACAGAAAACACAAAUACAGCACGUGUUUUGUCUGUGAUGCAUUUUGAUCUCCUUAAGUCUCAUAAACUCUGGCAUAAGAAACCGAGGGGUUUGGGUUUGUACUGACGGCACAACUAUGAUUAGAAAUGGAUGACACUGCUUACAGAGGCUGCUGUGCAAAGUGCCAAGAUGCCAGCCAGUGUCAUACUCAAAGACAUUUCAACACAUGGAAUUGGAGGAGUCAAACUGCUCCUCUUCUGCUGUGUUAACAGACCGUGGCUACCAUGCUAGUGCAACAUGUGGAUUAUUUUUUCAAUUAUCUUAGAAAAGGAAGACAAAAGCUUUUCUGUUAUCAGACAUAAUGUAGGAACAACGAGCCUUUAAACCGCUGAGCUGUUAAGAUGAACGUCAAAUACUGUUUUUCAAAGAAAAGUUUAGGUUAAAGUCCACAAAAACUCACAUUUGAGUUCAUGAAAAUAAGGAAAAGUCUGGUAAAAAGAAAAAAAUUGACCUUUUUUUUCUCAUCCUGCAGCAUAUUUUCUCGAUGAUGUGACUCCUGUGUGUGUGUGUUUGUUUUCUUAAUCGACGGAGAUGUGUGUCUUUGUUUUCUGUGGCUCUUUGCGCCGUGGCUCGCCCCACAUGCUUCCUAUUAAGAAAACCCAAACCAUUCACUGCAGCCCGGGAUCCAGCUUAGCUUCCAAUAAGUAAUAUUAUCACUUAAUGCUUUCCACAUGUAUUCAUGUGUUUUUUUCUCCAUCUCCCUCUCUCUUCCAGAAUUCCACGCUAACCAUCGAGGAAUUUCACUCCAAGCUCCAAGAAGCCACCAACUUCCCCCUGCGACCGUUCGUCAUCCCCUUUCUGAAGGUAGAUGUUUAAAUUUAAAAUCCCUGCUGAAGGUUUGACUGCCUGAACCAGCAAAUCUGGAAGACAUUUAGGCAGCCCAGAUCCAGAUGUGCAAACUGAACUUCAUGAUUUUUAUCCUGUUUUUCUUUCUAUUUUUGGACUUUCUCCUUCCUUUAUGUCUUCAUAUCUGUAACUUAUAUGGACAGCUAAACUCUGUCUUUCAAUAAUAAUACUGUCAGUCUGGUUCUGCCUUUCGCAUCAUCUUUUCUAGCCCUAAAUAAACACAUCUAUCUCUGUCUCUCUAAAUCCAAUAGCACAUCUCUGAUGUCAGCAGUGAGGCAGACUCCCUUUUUUAGGUGCUAAAACUAAAACUACAAAACUUACUAAAUAUUCAUGUGCAUCUCCAGAAGGUGGCCUGAAGUGGUUCUUCAGCCCUGUCAGGAUGCUUUUCAGACUUGUUGGUUUUUACUUUUUUCUGGACAAAAAUUCUGGACACGAAUCUAUUACUGCAUCCCAGAACCAUGGACUUGGACAAGAAAAAGAAAACAUUACAGCUCUGUGAGGGGGGGGGGGGGGGCUGGCUGAAAAAAAAAAACUAUGCUGAAGUUCACCCUUAGAGUAAAUAAGCAUAACUAAAUGCCCUCUCUGGUGCCCUCUCAUUUGAAAAUGCCUGAAAAGUUGUUCCAGGAGCUGCGGCCCAACAGAAUAACAAGAAAAAGUCCCCCAUGAAUGCCUUUCUAAUAAACAAAACAGUGUCCUCCGGGUGUUCUACCAGAUGAUAAAAAUCCACACUUAGUGCCCUGUCUGUGAUUGUGGUGUAAAAAGAAGUACCCUAUGACGGUCCUCUCAGUAUAUAAAACCCUAAAACAUGCCCUCUGGAUAGCCUUUCUGUAAAUACAACAUACAAAAUUGUGCCCUCUAGUAUUACCUGUAAAAAAAACUGUCUCCAGAUUUUCCCCUGACUGAUGAAUUUGGAAAAGUUCCCUCUUGUUGCCCUUUCAGAAUAUAAAAUGAGAAAAAAGAUACUCUGUAAGCCCUUUCAGUUCAGGGAAGUUGAAAAAGUUCUCCUGAACACCAUUGAGUAAAAUUAAGGAUACAAAGUGCCCAUUCGAUGCCUUUCCUGUAAAAAUAUUAUUAAAAGCAACACCCUCUGGAUGCCCUGUCAGAAUAUAAAACCUCAGUUAGUUACUCAAUAAAGAUUAAAAAGUGCCCUCUGGUUGUAUACAAAGUUAAAAGGUCCUCUUUGAGAGCACUUAUAGUAUAUGAAAUGUACAAACAUACCAUCUGGAUGCCCUUCCAGCUACUCAAUGAAGAUUAAGAAGUGUCCUCUGAAUGCUUUUUUAGUGGUUUAAACUACUUUGUUUACCUGAAGAAUUGAGACAUCACUUCAUGAGCUCCAAACACGUCACCACUCAAAGAUAUUUGCACCUUUUGUGGGGCUAUUUUGUCUAUCUUGUCUUGUGUACAAUAGUGGGAAGAUGGAGACACGUCACCCAUCUUUAUAUACAGUCAAUAGCCGGAACAGAGCACAAUAAAGAGUGUGGUAUGAGUCCAAGAAAACAUCCUUUCUCACGUGGCCCUUUGACUUUUUCUUCUCUCAGCCUUUUUCUUUUUUUCAUUGAUUGUUCGAUCCUCUAAGCCGCAACUUAAGGGAGUGUUUCCCAUUUCAACCAUUAGCUGGUACACCAGCAGAGGAAGGAGCACUCUUGGAAGUUUCUAGCUGUGUCCCCUUCCUCUACAAAUUCACAGCCAUGUUUCCAUCCUGUUUUAUAUCAGACUGAGAGAAACAGAAAUAAAGAGCAGUUGUGGUUCUGUCCAUCUCCAGGUUAAAUAGUGUCCAUUCUUGUUUCUUUAAAGGAACAAGAUCUGAGUAUCUGCUGGAUUUAAGGGACUGAAACCGCGUGGAUGUCUGCUGGUUUGAUUUGUUCUGGUAGUCAAAGAUGAAAAAUGGUAUUGUGGUGUACAGUGAGGGAUGGACUGUGCAGCAGCAGCAGUCUAGAUCAUGUUAUCGGGUUUUGGAGACUGAGAUCAAUAUCAGCGUGGCACUGAGAGAUGAAGGACAGAGGACCGCAUCACAUUUAACCUACGGCUCAUUUGUUUCCAUUACACAGCCCAGAUUUUGUUUUCUCUUCAAUCUUUACUCUGAUUUUCUCUCCUUUUUACGUCUUUAUCUCAUCUAUCCCUCCUUUUUCUUCCUCUGUUGACAGGCAUGAGGUAGAUGUGUAUAGAUACAGAACAGUUGGUCCUCCAAAGGCAGACUCCUCUCUGAAGCAUGCAUUAUGUGCAUUUGUAGAUGUCUGUGUUAACACAUACUACUACUACUACUAGUACUGCUGCUGCUGCGGAUUGAUUUGUGUGUCAUUUGAACAUUGUGAUUGCAGUACGCACAAACUUAGUUUAUGAAAAAGGAACUUGGUCCCUAAUGUCCCUUCUUCUUCUUCUGUCAAGGUUUUAUGUACUUCUCAGCUUCCUGCCUUGCAUUUAUGCUUGUCAACUAUCAGGUUGAAGCCCAGUGUGCACACUGUGAGGCAUGCACUGGUAUGAUGUCCUGUAUUUUUCUGAAUUGCACUACAUACUGAAGAGAGUAAAUUGCACUAUCAGUCCUUUGCACCCUCUCUUAUCCACAGAGGAGCUGCAUGGAUGUGGGCAGCAGAAAUCCAUCUCUCUCAAAAUGCCGUCGAUGCCACAAACAGAGACUUUGUGUCCUACCUGUCUCUUGCCUUACAUCCCUCUCUCAUCUUCACUUUUCUUCAUUGAAUUCUACUUUGAUUCCUCUUCUCAUUUGUUCUCCCUCCAUAUUUUUCUCCCUUUAUCCCUUUCCUGUCUCUGUUUACUGCCCCCCACCCCAUCUCUCCUUCCCCUUUCGUUUCCUCGCCAGAUGGUUGGUGUAUCACUGGGAUGGCUGCGAAAUCAAAGAUGCACCACUCUUUUUUUUUUCCCUCUCCUCCAUCGCUCCUUCUCUGCCUCUCCAUCUCUCUCUCCCCAGUCUAAUUUUAGUGUCCUCCCUCUGUGGGGCCUUUAAUGCCAGCAAACAUAUGGUCGCGGCGAGCAGUUGGAGGUGUAGGGGAGCUUUUAUAGGUGCGUUGAAGCACAGCUGCAACAAUGUGCAUCAGGGCUUGGAGUUUUUCAUUAGGCUAAUGUUAUACCAAGGCGACCCCUUCAGAUACCCAAACCCACUCAACUCCUUUCCCCUUCUCUUAAUACCAAACCACAAAUUGGUUGGGUCUCUUUACUGGAAGGAGGCAAUCAUAAACCACACAGCACCAGUGACGUGAUAGGUUGGCAGGACGCCCGCCACACCAAAGUCACAAUAAUUCUUUGUUUUUGAGUCAAAGUUUGCCCUCCUCUUAGCUGUCAAGUGAUUGUUUUUGUUGUGUCACUCUGGUAUGAUGGGAAACCUGCGAGGAAUUAACACGUUCGGUUAGGAGAAAUAUUUGUGGGAGGAAGUAAUUGAAAAAGAAAAAUAAAGACGUGCAAGUCACCUAGAUUCUCCUCCGACUGAAAUUACACUGAAAAGUUCAGUUGAUGAAGUGCGGCGUACCCUGGAUGUGGCAUUUUCUGAAUUGUUUUUUGGCACCGUUUGACAAAAUGACAGAUCCAGCAUUUUCACAAUAAAUCAUCCAGGGUGGAGUGUCGCUGCGGCUGCUGAGCUCCACUUGAAUUCUCUCUCUUAUGCAAGUGCAGAUGUUGGUUACCAUAACUGCACAGGGUGAACGGAUGCGCUUUAUCUUAUGAAAAAUGAUCCAGACUCUUCAGCAGUCCUAUAUCUUGAGUCAGUCUUUUUGUUAAUGCAUCACCUAUCUCUCCAGCAAUGAAGAUGACCUCCCAUUAAUGAAAGACGAGUUCAGCAGGGUCAAAGCAAUCUAUUUUAUGCUCUUUUUUCGAGGGGUAAUUACGAUCAUAAACUAUUAACGGACCAUUAACUCGAGCAGGUAAAAGGCGGGCCAGUGGCAUUGGCAUUUCUCUUACUCCAGCCAAUUACUGCAGAAGAAUUUCUGCCAUUGUGAAGCACAAAUACCACCAAACAAAUCAGGGUUUGUUUUGCAAGAGUUUUCUCUGUCUGGUAUGGCAAGGACAAGACUGAAUGUAGCAGAAAUGGAAGAGAAUUUGUCCGUUUAUUUUGCACUAAAGGUAAGAGAGAGUGGAAAAGAGAACAAAAGCAGGUGGAUUAUCAAACUAACAGGGAAAGUAAGCAAAAGUCUUAGAGGGAGAUUACGUUCUUAAGGACAAAACAAAGAUUAACAGACUUAAAACUCUCAAAGAUGGCCCCUCCAAAGGCUCCUGUGAUGUACCCCCGACAAAAUAGCCCCCACUCUCAGUCUGAACCUGCCUGACGCAACACUUUCAUCUUCUUGCUCAAAAAAGCAACCCAUCAGAUGUCUUUGAAGUCAACGCGCACAUACCUGCGCGACCCUGUGACUCCACACAAGAAAGAAGACCCUUUUUACGCUAUUUAAAAAAAAAAAAAACUUCUAUAGAGAAACUUUUUGGGUAUUAAUGCACUCUGGGUCACAGGCGGUGGUGGUGGUUCAGUGGUAAUGAGCAAACAGGGGCCUGGAGGUCCUGGAGGAAUGGAUCUCUGGUUGGUGCACUCAGAGAGAAAAGCUUUUGUCGGGGGAUAAUUUACAACUUUUGCUUGUUUGGAUCAAAGAAACGCAGCCAUGAAUUAUCCUUAUUGUUAUAUAAAUCACCAACAAAAUAUGUUUUCCACAGGCCCACAAAGAGGGCCUUUAUAAUCCAGCUGCAUGUUCUUUGUUUGUGCAACUUAAAGUUCCUCUGAGAAUAUUUCAUUUAGUAACAAAACAGACUGAAAUAAAUCAUGUUGCCACUAUGAGUUGCAAAAUAGACCAUCAGGAUAAAGAUUAAUUCUCCCUGUACAGUUUUUCUGAACACCUGGAACCACCACAGUAUAGAAAGCAUGCUGCAAAAACAGCUUUUUUUAACUCGCCAUGGCCAAGACUCUUAGUAAGCGGCGUGUUUGACUACUAGAAAAAGCAAGGUGAGAUUAAUUUUAUCUGAAAACUACCAAGAACAAAAUCAGACGACAGGUUCAAAAUAAAACUUUGUCCAAACAAAAGGUCAAAAUCGACACAAACUACAUUCUAAUACAGGAGGUUUAAACUGAAUGGAUUACAACAAAGGCUCUCAGUGCAAAAUUAUUCUCUUUUCUGCAAAACUCUGAUAUAAAUUGUCCAACACAUUUAGUUCAUGAUAUUAAAUAAUGAGCAUAAACAAACAUGUAAUAAUAAAGUUGAAGCAGUGUCUCUGCUUCACCCACCAGUGAGGUGAAGUUAAGGCCAUAACCCUGGUGGCGUAAGCCAUAUGAGACCUGGUAUGAAGCUGAUUAUGCCAACGUGUCAUCAAUCAACUCUGAUUAAUCAGCUGACUGAUUAUUACAUGCACAACUCUGGGCCUUUAAUAGAUAAAAAGAGAUAUAUAAUUUAAACUAAAUGAGAUACAGGUAGAUAGAUCUGAUCAGAUAGUGUCUCAAGCAGGACAGUAGGUGCAACAAAGUGAUGCACGAAAACAAACCUAGCAGUGAUAACACAGCCGGCUUUUCCAUUCAUUAUUUUUAUCUGUAAACACAAGGCCAAUACAGAAAAUAGGCCAAAUUACCGAGGAUCACUCUACACCUAUUAAAGAGACCGAAACGCUUUUUAAACCAGCCUGUCUCAAGUGGCCUCUCAAGGACUCUGUCGUUUUUUUCUACUUUGCAUCGGCUUCAUCUUUUAACACUGGAGGCUGACUCCUUGUUAAAAACAGCUGGGCACACAAUCUGUGUUUACCGUCAUUUUACUCCAGAUAGUCUCACUGAAAGUGGGGGUUUUCAUCGUCAAACAAAGGGGCAGUUUUGAUAGUUUUAACACUCUCUUUCCUUUCCUAGGCUAACCUGCCUCUCCUUCAGAGGGAGCUGCUGCACUGCGCCCGGCUGGCCAAGCAGAACCCGGCUCAGUACCUGGCCCAGCACGAGCAGCUGCUGUUGGACACCAGCACCACCUCUCCUGUGGACUCCUCUGAACUCCUGCUGGAUGUCAACGAGAAUGGCAAGAGAAGGACACCAGACAGGUGGGUCAAUCAGACUCGGAUUAUUUGUUAGCCGCCAUGGCACACAUUUAUACUCUUGCCAACAUUUAAGCGUCUGAGUCUUUUUCCCUCCUCUGCUAUUUGAUCUCAUGCAUAAAUCCCUGUGAAUCUCUCUGUACCCUGGUGAACAUACAACACUCCACAGAUGCAGGCUGAGCCAAUGCAAGGCAAUCCUGUGAUGUGUUAAUGUAUGUAUGGGAAGUGUCUGUCAGAGCGCCACCGGGCCUCAUGACGUGCUCUGUUGGACAUCUCAGCUCCCGGCUCUGACUCCUAAUGGGCCAGAACAGAGGAAGGGAAGAGAUGUGGGAAAUAGACCUGACUACACACACACACACACACACACACACACACACACUGGGUAUAGAAAAACUGCUGUGAGACAGCUGUGCCUCAUGAGAAGUGUGAAUCUGUCACAGAAUGGGCCUGAAUACAUAUUCAGCAUACAUCUUUGUAGCCUCAGUUAAGAAUCUGAGUCUGUUUCUUUCAAAGAAGGUUUAAAUGCACAAACCAGCCGUACUGCAGCUGUAAGGGGCUAUAGAAAUUGUUUAUCUUUAAAAGACCUCUGCCCUAAAUUCUGAUUCAUGACCUCCAGAAGCAAACACACUGUAAAAAUGUGAUCUCUUUUCUCGAAGAGUCUCUUUCAAAGCAGAAUAAACAAGCACAGAACCCAUCACAAGAGGCAAACAGUGUGUUUCAUGUUGGGUGCAGUUAAAUUAUCUAUAUAUCUAAAUAUCUCAGUAAUUGAAUAAUCAAUCAAUUAUUCUCGAAAUUAAUUAAGUAAUUUCAUUAGAAAGCUUUUUUUUGUUAAAUGUAUGUCUGUCCCAUCAAAGGGGGUAAAAGGAUGACUCUUGUACUCGCAGGAUGAGCACAGUCCUUAUCAGUAUAAGCCUCUAACAGUCAGGAUGAGGAGGCAGGGAUAGUCUCGACAUCAGCUGGCAUUAUAUGUAUGGAAAUAAAUAUGGGACUAGUAAUGAAAACUGGAUAUUUAGGACAUGAACUGAAGAUUAGAACAACAAAAGAGACAUACAGUAAAAUGUUUGGACAGCUCUCCAGCCCUACAUGUCUAUAGAAUACUGAAAAAUCAUUAUAUUAACAGUGGGUCAGGACCGACACACUCUAUACUAGAGCAAGAGUAUGCAAGAGUAUUCAGGGCGGAAGUACCUGAAACACAGUAUGCUCUAUAGUCUGGAUCUAAACGACGGCUCAAGGCAAAUUGGUUUCAUGUUGGAAGGUCCAAGCCUUGUUCAGAAGUUUAACAAAUAUCGUCAAAGUCUGAAAAUGAAUUUGGGUUUAACUGAUCAACAUUAAAAAAAUGAGAUGAACAAGCCUUUGAUAAACGUUAUAUAAACACGCAAACAUGCAUCUCUAUAAUUCCUUCGCCAGUUCGGGUCUCUGCAGUGCAGUAGGAGCAGUUUUUUUUUUUUUUCUAAAAUAAAGAGUUAUUCCUGGGGGUCUAUAUUUUUUUAAUACAGACAGGGGAGAGGAAAAUGCACUUCUCAUAUUUGCUGAGGGACAAAAAUGCCAAACCCAAUAUUAAUAAUUCUCACCUCUCUUUUUCCCCUAACAGUCAGAUAGGCAGACUUUUUCUGUAAUACCUGCAUAUUUGUAGGCCGUCUGGUGCACGGGGGAGCAAGCUUAGGGGAAAGGGUGUGCGUGUAAAUGUGAAAAAAAGAGAAUAUAUGACAGGAGAGAGCAGUAAGUAGGCAUCUGUAUUCCCUGAAAAAAUCUAGUGUGUUUGUGUGAAUGUGUGUGCGAAUGAUUUUCUGUCCUGUGUGAAAGCGUGAGUAUGGUUCAUAUAUGCACCUCUAUACGUGUUAAGGUCUGUAUGUGAGUGUGUGUGAGAGUGUGUGUCUGCCUAGGGAGAUGGGCUGAUAACACAUACAGAUGAGGCUCCAGCACCAAUACGGCUGGCUAAGCACCUUUGCUUUUUUGCUUACCUCUGCUCUGUAUUCCCGCUUAUUGGAGCCCUGUGUUGGAAUAUUGGAAUUUCAAUGGGAAUCCUUAAUUACAGACAACAAUGCACUAUCACUGCAAACUGAAUAAUACAAGAGUCUGCAGGAACAAGAGCAGGAAAACUGAAGCGUCUGCAGAAGUGGGGAAAACAAGUGUAUAGUGUAAACAUUACCGUGUAAACAAAGGCAAUCAUUGAGAUAAUACAGCGUGGAGUACUAAGUUAGCACUUCCUCUCCUGUCAUGGUAGAGAUAAACAAUUCAGCUAUCAGCCUUUUGUGUUUUAAGUUCAAAGCAUGUUUUAUGUGGAGAUGCUCAGUCAAGAGUUGGAGCUGUGCAUCAGGUCUCUACAAGACUACACAACAACCACUACAUACUCAAAGAUGGGAAAUCUUUACCCGAACGAGAUCCCAUCUUUAAAUACUGAGAAGACAGACUGGUGGAAAGUCAAUGCAGAGAUUUUUCAAGCCAGUCCCCCCACCACAUGUGUUUUCUGCCUUUUUGACACUCAACGAUGUGGACAUGCUUAUUUAUUCAAAAAGAACAAGUAUGCAAAAAAAGUGGACACUGUAAAUCUGAAGUAUUUUUCUGCUUUUACUGAGUUGCUUAGUAUAGCGCUUGGUUAGUAUAGAGCUUCUGAAAUUUGCAUCAUCUGUUUGAUUUCUUAUGUAUAAGUAUUUACAAGUCAUGUGACUACAGCAUAUGAUUUUUUUAUGUUUUAAAAUAAAUUUCUGAGGAUGUAAGUACAUGUGCCCGCAGAGCCAUUGUUGCAGCAGGAAGGCAGGAGAAACAGAGUGUGGUUGUAUGUGUGUGUGUGUGUAUGUGUGUGUGUGUGUGUGUGUGUGUGUGUGUGGGGGGGGGGGGGGGGGGCAGCAAGAGACGGACGGAUGGAGGGAAAGAGCAUAUGGAGAGCUGUGGAUGAGCAUUAGGAGCCCAUAAAAACAGCUCAUUAAGAAGUUCAAUCUGUUCAUCGGAGACAGGGAUGGGGAGAAAGAGGAGAGAGGGAGAGAGAGAGAGUGGGGAGUGUGGAGGAUUGCUGAUAGUGGGGGGAGGUUGGCACGGUUUAACUGUGAAUACACACAUACUUGUGCAAGCACACACACAGACACACCUGGCCACAUUAAUCUUUGGAAGCAGGCGAACAAAAAUCCACCUGAUCCCCUGAAAGCUACUAGAUUCCACAUGUAUGUUUGUGUGUCAUUUGUGAGGAAGGGUUUUACAUGCAAGAAUACAUGGGGGAGGGUUAACUCCAGCUUUUGAAUGCAGCACAAAAAGGUGCAACAUUGUGGAGAAGGCUGGCUUAUGUGAGCAUUUUCACCCAUAUCUGGGUGGUGUGGAUGGGAUAUUUUUCAAAAACAGGAGAACAGGAGAAAAACCUCUCUCUUUCAAAAAUACAUUCCUAUUUGUGGAAAAGGGCCAAAGUCGGUGUGACUUUUAACCCGUCAAAAGUGACAUUUAAGUGAGAUUUGCCAUAUAAAAUGUGCAGUAGUGCUGUUACCUUCCAUUACAGACACAGAUAGUGAGAAAUCAGCAUGCAAAAAAUAACGCAUAAAUUCCUGUUCUUGUUACACAGCCACAGCCCGGAUUGUUGAGUGAACAAACACAUUGAAAUAUAUUGGCACCUUUUCUCUGGUUUAUGAGAAGGCUACAAGAAAACAAAUUGCCAUAAAAAAAUCCCUCCUCUUCUUGAUAAGGUUGAACUAACUAAUAAACUACUUUUCUAUCCACCCAGAACCAAAGAGAACGGCUUCGAGCGAGAUGGUUCCCUUCAUCCUGAUGUUCACCCCAGCAAGCGGCCCUGCACUAUAAGCCCUGCCCAGCGCUUCAGCCCCUCCAACGGGCUCUCCUACCAACCCAACGGCCUGGCACACCCGGGUCCGCUCCCUCCGCAGCACUACAGGCUGGACGACAUGGCCAUCGCCCAUCACUACCGCGACACCUACAGACACCCUGCAUCCAACCACAGGGAGAUCCGAGAGAGAACCAGGCCUAUUGGUGAGGAUGAAGAGGGAGGAAGGGGGGUGUUCAUAAGUCUUUGUGACUAUAGGUUUAGAUUAGAUGAGACAAACAAAUCCCUCCACAUGGCAUCCUGUCAAAGCUUUAACUUUGUAGUGGAACCAAGAGGAGCAUAAAGCGGAUUUCAUACACAAUGGUAAAUAGUUACAGCAGUUGCUGCAGUUUUACAUCAUUUCUCAAGCUUUGGAGUUUUUCUACGCCACUGAGAUCCAUAACUGUUCGAGCAAUCAUAAUAAGUCAGUGUCCAUUUUUGUGCAUGCUAGACAAACAGUCAGAGAGCACAAAACAACGCUGAUAUAUGGGCGCUCAAAAUGGCCCAUUUAGACACAGUGCCGAUGUAUUAGAGACAUUUUUCUGCACAGACCCGGCCUUGAUGAAGCUGUAAUGACGACUUCAGCGUAGCUCUAAAAAUAGGAGAGACAUUUACCAUGUCUCGCCCUGUGAUGGAUGUUUAUUGGACUAGAAGCUCAGUCAUUUUUUGAGUCCUGGCCUCAGGGUGGGAGAGAGAGAUGGAGACAGCAAAGAGAAGUGGGAGCGAGGAGGGAGAGGGGAAGAAGUGGAUGGCGGGAGCGCCUUAACCAGAGACUAAAUGAAAGAUGGAUCAAAGGGAGGGUCAAGAAAUGAUGGACUGCAUCGAUCCUAAGCAUCACACUGACGCACUCUUUGUUUGUCUUUCCGUCUGUCUGUCUGUCUUUUCUUGCAGGGAUGCAUUCUGGGACCAGGCAGGAGGAAGUGAUUGACCACAGGCUGACGGACAGAGAGUGGGCGGAGGAGUGGAAGCACCUUGACCAUGUAAGAAAAGUAAUAACAUUUUUUUUUAUUACUAUAUCUUUCAGUUCUGUCUAUGUAAGUAAAAGAUGUUAUAUAUGUUAUAAAACAAGAUAUGUAAGCAUGCAUGUUCAUCUAAAGCAAACUUACGACAUAAUUAAUGAUGUAUUGUUGUUUGUCUUCAUAUAUCAUGUAUGGUAUUUCACUAAUAAAUUGAUGCUCUACAAUAUGGACAAUGUUUCACCACCAUAAAAGUACUAAAUGAACACGAUAAACACCAGCUUUAACUCUCCCCACCAAUCUAAAUUUCUGGAUCAAAAUCAAUCAGACCAGGUCUACGUGUAAACUCAGCGCCUUGCCCCUUCCCUCUCACCCCCAGCUGUUGAACUGCAUCAUGGACAUGGUGGAGAAAACAAGGCGCUCACUCACAGUUCUGCGGCGGUGCCAGGAGGCCGACCGAGAGGAACUCAACUACUGGAUCCGGCGAUACAGUGAUGCUGAGGAGCUGAAGAAAGGGGGCGCUGGUGGGCAGUCAAGGCAGCAGAGCCCAGCAGCACAGGAAAAUGCAACUCCUGGUGAGGGUCGACACACUUUUGACAUGUUUUUGAGGUGUUUCAGGGUAAAGUAGAAAGUUUUUCUAAAAUAUUUAUAAUGGUAACAUUACAGAAGGGCGUUGUAAUUUUCUAAACACACUCGCUCAAGGCCCAACAAUAACAAAACUACAAGAUUUAAUUAUUUACUGAUAUAAAACCAUCUACCACUGACUUUUUGUUCUACAUUUAAGCAUAACAGCUCAUUUUUAAAUAAAUCCUUUAUCCCUCAUAAACUAGCAGUUUUAUGUUCAGAAAUGCGAACACUGAGUGUGGCGUUCCCCAGGGUUCAAGUCUUAGUCCUCUGCUCUUUAGAUUGUGCAUACUGUAAUUAGGUCAAAGAUCUUCAAUGUGAAUAUAUUUAUUGUAGACAAUUGAAUACUUCAAUCUCUCAGAAAAUCUUAGCAAUUUGAUGUCUCACAACAAUAGGGAAACUUAAGGGUCACAAGCAGCUUUCACUGCUAGGUAAACAUUUUUGUUGAAAUGACAUUUCAAAAUGGUUCAGCAGUUGAAGAAUCAAGUAUAUAUAAAUACUUGAAGACAAUAAAUCAAUAUAUUUUUUUAAACCACAUUUUACUGGGAUGUUAUAAGAUUCUUCAAAACUUGUGAUUUUUGAAAAAAAAAAGGCCCCUAAAAAAGCAGCGAAAUUGGUCAGCAAGCAGACACAGUCCCCUGAGAAAAACCCUUGUGGGCAACCUGAACUCAUAACUAUCAGCCACAGAGUCAUGGUAAUAGUAUCACAUAUUUACUCACUUUAAACUGCGCCUUUUACAGUGUCUGAAGCUUUCAUUUGUCCUACAUAGUAUAACAUGCGUUUAUUUUUGUAUUUAAAAAAGUGUUGAAAUUGUAUCUUUGUAUGGGUUACUGCUGGAAAAGUACACCAUCAUGAUUGUUUCAGUCCUUCUUUCAACAUAAAAAAACAGGUUAUUGAGAUUGAAAGAAAACUUGUGUCAGAACAUUUAAAUGAUGCAGCCAUACUUUCACCACCAGAUUAAUGAACCAUAUUUGGCCUGAAACAUCUGGUCUAUUUUUAACAUAGUUUCAACCAAAUUAAUAUGAAAAAUAUUGGCUUGGUUAAAUAUUGGCAUUUAAAUUUUGAUGAAGCUCUAAUUUUUAGUGCUUUUGUGUUUAUUCAGAAAUUCACCGGGAGCUACUCCACCGACCUGUGUCUGGCUAUGUCCCUGAAGAGAUCUGGAAGAAAGCUGGUGAGUCAACCACAAAUACAUCUUCAUCUUCAUCACUCUGCAGUUGGACAUUUUCCUUUAUAGGAAGUGAAUGAGAAGCCCUCUUUCAGACCCUGUCUCUACCUAGUCUGCUGUCUGCAACCAUUUCCUCUGGUUAAAUCAAAUUAAUAUGUCAGGCUGCUCUUGGAAAAUCUUUGUGUUUGAUAGAGUCAGAAGUUAUAAGCUUCAGCACCACUCUCUGCACACUCCAAGAAUGAUGUCAGGUCAUAAAACAAUAUUAUUGCGCCAGACAAAAAGGGGACAUGAAUGGCUUUCACAGCUGCUCGUGUGGUUUUGUUGUUAAAAACUACAGUAGCAAGAAUUGGUGUCUUUUUGCUUUUUGGCACUUUUGUAAUCACUGCAGCAACAGACAUCACAGCUUUUCUAUUUGGACCAAAGAGUAGUAAAACUGAAGAGGGAAAUUUGCAGAGCCAGUUAAGAUCAAGUAUUGAAACUAAUUUGUUGCUUUAACAGCUUUCAUUAGCUCCCAUUAAAUUUUUAGCAUUCACAAACAGCAUUCUUUAACUCUUGAGCACAGCUGUAAUCACCAUUAUCGCUCUCUUGAAAAACUGAAAGAAUUUUCCACUGAGGGUUCAACGCUCAAGAAGAAAUCCACUUUGUAUUCAGUGUCAGUGAUACAGUAUAUCUGCUAUUUAAACCCCUUGGAGAAAAGAAAUUGUCCCCUUGCUUGACCAAGCAUGAUGUGUGAGAUACUCAGAACAAGUAAUAUGCAUUUAAAUUGAAUUGAGUAUCACCAUCGGGGACUCGGCCUGCUCUCCUGUACUCCCCUCCCUUGCCUGCUUUGAUCGAUCUUCCAUCUGAAGCAUUUGGUGUGUAAUCACAAUUCCAAGUACAAGGCGUACAUCACCUAGCACCGGGGCGAUUUUCGUGGCUCCAGGCAGCAGAGUGGGUUAAAGACGAAACCCCCCUGGUUUAAAAAUUUAGCAAGAAAAUGUGCGUUUUUAUGAAAGCUGGCAUUUUGUCUGAUAUGGAGAAUUUACAUUUGUAAUAUCAAUGUAAUCUGUGCAAAGAGAAAACAGAGGAGCGUGUCUGUCAGACAAAAAUGUAUAACCAUCUUUGUAGGAUCUUUUUCUGCAUUUCUCCCAGUGUUCGUUAAAUCCUCCUCACUUCAGGCACUUAUAUUCAAGCCAAGGAGACCCUGAUGUAAAUAUGACCCAUGGAGAAUUGCAAAAUAAGUUUUUAACACAACAGAGAGUGGUGGUGAAUGCAUCUAUUUGAAAUGAGCAAAAUGUUUACAGUUGGUGAUAAAUAUUCAAGCACCUUGCACGGUGUCCUACUGGUUUCCCACUUCCCCUCACCACAUGGGCCUCUGGGAUCACAAUGGAAAUGCAUAAUUUAAAUAUAAAUUGCCUGAUUUGCAUACACAAUUAGUCAAGUUACAAGCUUGAUGGGAGCAAACAAAAAGCUCUCCUUUUGCUUUGACGUGCAGUUUGAAUUCCAGCGUUUAACACCCGCACGGCAAGGUUAUUCAUUCUACAAAACAAGUAUAAAAUAACACAUUGCUCCGGCUCAAAAGCAGGUUUCCAGAGCUAUUAGCUGGUAUUAAUUGGCUCAUGCUGUUGUCUCGAGAAUGUUUAAAAUUGAAGGGAAAGGAAUGACUUUGUGUGCUCAGCCUCAAAUAACUCUGAAUUUUUCAACUAUAGAACCUUUUGGUCAUUUUUACAGCAGAAAUAAAAGAAUAAAAACACGACCCUGCACGCCAAAUUUAGACCCUGUUCUUACUCUUAGUUCUCCCUCUCUGUGCCUUUCCAUUUGAUGUUUGUAUCCAGUCAACCAGUGUACUUUCUAAACACCCCCUUCAGAGACCCAGAUGAUAUAACACACACUAUAUUGCAGGUUCGGGAGGCUUGACUUCCUCUGUCUCCACACUCUUUCCAGAAGAGGCUGUGAAUGAGGUGAAGCGACAGGCCAUGUCAGAGUUACAGAAAGCCGUGUCGGAGGCCGAGCGCAAAGCUCACGAGAUGAUCAGCACCGAGCGGGCCAAGAUGGAGCGCACGGUAGCAGAGGCCAAACGUCAAGCAGCUGAAGAUGCUCUCUCUAUAAUCAACCAACAGGAAGACUCCAGUGAGGUAGGAGCACACACAAGUGUACCCUGAACCACAGAAAACACCAUCUUCAGGUAUAGAUCCUGUAUUAGGCUGAUCCUGAAGGUGCUUUCGCUAAAUGUGAAAAUACAGUUAUCACUAGUCACACACUCACCAGCUGCUCUUUAGAACUGGAUGGACAAUCUUUGAUAAUGCACCCACUAGAGGGCGCCACUCAGUCUCAAAGACACGCAAGAGAAGACCGAAUUUUCUAACAACAAACAUGAUGACAGUGAGGAAGAUAGUCAUCAAAGAUUUAUGGUUAUACAUUUGAAGAGUUCCUGUGGAUCAUCAGAUAGAGCUACACAUCUGCAGAAAAAGUGUACAUUGCUGCACACAGUGAUAGUCUUCAUGCAGGACACAGUUUGGACCUUAUCCAGGAGAGGCACCCAAAAAAGACAGCAUCUGAGGUGCUAGUGUGCCUUGUAUUUUUUAUAUUGAAUAUGAAUAUUUGGAUUCAGACAACUUUAUUAAUCCACAAAGGGCAAUUCAUUUCACAGUUAACCCACCUCGUUAUUUAACAAUGCCAGACAUUAAUAGCAGCAUAUGGCCCAAACAUUCCCCUGUCAGCACCACAAAUCAGCAAUAAAUAAAUGGAUAAUAAAUACAUACAAAAUAUGUUCAACAGUGAAAUGACUAAAAUGCAAUAAGAAAUAAUGCCAUAAAAGAAGUAAAAUAAGAACUAAAGCAAUCCUGAGACCCCAAUUUCAACACAGGCCACCAAUCAGCUAUAGUCUACUUCCCAGCAUUUAGCAGCCUGAUCGCUGAGGGGAUAAAUGAGUUUGAGUAUCUUUUUGUUUUCCUUGGGGGUGCCUAGUAGCGGCGCCCAGAGGGCAUAAGAGAAAAGUCGGAGAGGAGAAUGUGUCCUAGAAAUAUCAAGGAGGUUGUUAAAUAUUUGCAUCUUUAAAAGUAAUCCUGUAAAUAAAAGUCACUUGAUAGCACAGAGACAGUGAAAGUAACAGCAAAACAUAGCAAAACAAGCUGCCAUUAAACUUUGUUUCCUUAUCUUUACCCACUGAGUCACUUGCAUGUUUGGAAAGGUGUUACUAAUUCAGCUGAGAGGAAAUAAGAAAAGGUAGCUUUAAUUUGCUAAUCAUCAUUGGAGACCUUGACGUUUAAUCAGUUAAGUGAGGAGGGAAAUAUGGCCCACAUCUGUCAUUAAUUGCAGGAGUGAUGUUUAUGAGAGGGAAGCGCCCCAGAGGAGAACUUUCAGACGCUGUUUGUAACCUUGUUCUCCUGUUUCCUGUGGUUAUGCAGCCGCUCCGACAUGCUCUCCCAACAGUUUCCUAUAUAUAAAAAUCAGAGGCCCUAAGUGUAAUCAGAGAUGGGUUUUUGAUGUGUGUGUGGUUUGUUUUAAGCUUAAGUGAUGUAAAAGGAGAGGCUAGCUUUGCUAAUGGGCAGAGAGGUGCAUCGAUGAUGUUAAAGCUUCUCUUUUUGAUGCAGCAUGAAUAGGGGAGACUGGGGUAAGUUGAGUCAAAGGGUAAGUUGAGCCACCCCCUGUUGCUUGGAAAUGGUAAAAGAAAUUGAUCAUGUGACCAAAUAUAUAGGAGAUGGGCAUCAAUCCAUGGAGUCUGUGAAGGUUGGAAACACAUAGGUGAAGGGGUUAGAGAUUUAUUUCACACAUUUUUCACUCUUUUUCUUUUCAAAAAUACAGCUGUGAAUGUUCUGAAUCUUCCGAAGCACACUUACAGGCAUUCUCAUGUUAAAAUGGCUUUUCACAAAACAGCUUUUUAGCAAUUAUGGGUAAUAAUAGUAAAAAUAUAUACAUAUAUACUGUACCAGUUGAAUCAUGUUUAAUAAAUAAAAAUACACAUGAAUGUAAAGAAGUGACUGUUAUUUAGGGAGAGAGAAGGUGAGGGAGGGCUGGGGUAGGGAGUGGGGGGGGGGGGGGGGGUGCAGACCAUAGCAGACCACUUUUUUUGGCAUGCUACAUUAUCAAGACAGUUGUUUACACUCAAUCUGUUGGUUUGCAGGGAUGCACAACAUCUUGAAAUAUAUGCAGAUACAUUAGUUGGAGACAAAGUUAUGAUUGCCUUGAUGUAGUGAUCUGAAAAAUGGCUCAUCUUACCCCACUCUCCCGAAUAUGAUAAUUCUUUGAGUGCAUAAAAUCAGUUUUUGUGUCUUAACAUGCUAAACCUCUGUCUGUUUCUUUGUAUUAUUUAGUCUUAGUUAAAUCUGUCUCUAUCUGUCUGUCAGAGCUGCUGGAACUGUGGCCGCAAAGCCAGUGAGACCUGCAGUGGCUGCAACACGGCACGCUACUGCGGCUCUUUCUGCCAGCACAAGGACUGGGAAAAGCACCACCACGUCUGUGGCCAGACCCUGCAGGCCCAGCAGCAGCAGGCCAGCCAGCAGCAGGGAGGGGUCCCUGGGUCAGAAACCCCUGCCCCCAUCAGUUCCUCCGCCUGCACCCCGAGCAGCGGGACUGGGAGUCCGGCUGCGACCCCGCCUGCUGCUACCCCUCGUUCCUCCACCCCCAGCACCCCGUCCUCCUCUGCCCUGGAUGGCUCGACGCGCUAA